GCACUUUCCACAUUCAUAAUGGCACCAGGACCUAUUCACACAGCAGAAAUAAAAUAGAUGGUAUUCUUUGGCCAGGCAAGAUAGCUUAGCCCCCACCCAUAGGAUCUUCUGCUCUAGGCCAACAACCUUCCUGUGUUAUAAUUUAGCUGGUGUCUUUUUUAAUCUGGCUGGGUUGCGUCUUACUAAAGCAACAUUCACACCAUGCAUUAAAAGGUGCUAUGAUUCCACGUUAAAGUGUUCCCCCCGAGAAUUCUGGGAGCUGUAGUGAAGGGUGCUGAGAGUGAUUAGGACACCCCUAGUUCCUUUCCAGGGCUAAUUUCCCAGUUUCCUGGAAAGGGGGGCUGACACUUAAACCACUCUGGAAAUUGUAGCUCUGGGAGGGAAACGGGUCUCCUAACCAUUUCCAGCACCUUUCACAAAGUUUCCAGAAUUAUGGGGGGCGGGGAGGGGAGAGAAAGAGAGCUGUAACUUUAAUGUGGAAUCACAGAGCUUUAAAUGUAUGAUGCGGAUGGGGCCAAAGUCAUACUCUGAGCAAACCCAUUAAAAUUGAUGGCGCUAAGUUAGCACAUUCGGCAUGCACAGUCUCCCCUCCCUGCCUCAAAGAGCUCUGGGCAUGGUAGUUUGCUUAAGGGUUGCUGGGAGCUGCGACCCCAUGAGGGGUAAACUACAGUGCCCAGGAUUCUCUGCGGGAAAGACACGGCUUUGAAUAUGCUUCAAAUGUUGUAACGCUGCGUGUCCUCCUAUUUCAGUGGGGCUGCUGGCAAUCAUAGGAGCCAAUUCCAACAUACCGUAUUUUUCGCUCUAUAAGACGCACCAGACCAUAAAACGCACCUAGUUUUUGGAGGAGGAAAACAAGGAAAAAAUAUAUUCUGAAUCUCAGAAGCCAGAACAGCAAGAGGGAUCACUGCGCAGCAAAAGCAGCGAUCCCUCUUGCUGUUCUGGUUUCUGGGAUAGCUGCGCAGCCUGCAUUCGCUCCAUAAGACGCACGCACAUUUCCCCUUACUUUUUAGGAGGGAAAAAGUGAGUCUUACAGAGCAAAAAAUACGGUAAUAUUUGAGGGGGCCGCCUCCCCCCCCCCAGUUGAUGGACAUUGCUGUUCAAAUGGGGUGUGUGCACCAUUUCAUAUGCUCGAUUAUGUGGGGCGGAGUUUACCACCCCCCAAAAAACAAUUUAUUCAAGCUGCCCCCCCCCCCCAAGCCGGCAAGUGUGGCUUCCAUCCGCCUGUUUCCAUCUACAGUCGCUUUUCUGGGAGUUGCAGAUGUGCUUCUGGCUGGCUUUGGGGGCGGGGAGGUGAUGGGUCCGCUUCGUUCGUGUUUCCCUCUUGUGUUCGUGUGCUGUGAGCCGCCCUGAGAUCCGCGGAGCAAGGGCGGCAUACACAAGUCUAAUAAAGAAAUCAAAUCCCUAUCGGCCGCCUCGCUGCGUGAGGCGAGGACUCGCCGCCUGACAGGAACGAGGCCCAGCAGCAGGGCGCGCACAGCCGACGAGGCUCCCAGGCGCCCCGCUCCGCCCCUUCCCAGCCCGGCCGCCCGGGAGGCAGGCGGGGCCAGGCGGGGCGGGCCGGCCGAGGAGCUCCACUCGGCCGCGCCGGGCCUGACGGGGCAGACAGAGCCGGCGGGGGCGAGCAGGGCCAGCGGCGGCCCUCUUUCAGCUGCUCUUCGAUGGCGGCCGGCGUGUUCCUCCGGGCGGGCCGCUUCCCGGGGCUGGAGGCGGCCUCUCCCGCCCCGGGGCCGCGGCGCCCCUGUCGCGGCGGGCGGAGGCGGCCGGGCUCUCCUCGUCGGAGGACAGCGAGGACGAGGUUGGCGGCUCUGGCGGCGGCGCCGUGUCGGCGGCCCCUCGCGGGCGCUGCGGCGUGGUGGGCCGGCGGCGGGCUCCGGGCAAGCGGUCGGGCGUCGCGGCGCAGAUCAUCCACUCGGGCCACUUCAUGGUGUCGUCUCCGCACAGCGAGCACCCGCCCAAGAAGGGCUACGACUUCGACACCGUCAACGAGCAGACCUGCCAGACGUACCGCUUCGGCGCGGCCGCGGGGGCCGGCGGGGGAGGCGGCGCGGCGGGCGAGGGCGGCGGGGGAGGCCGCCUCAGCAUCGACGCCUCGCUCACCAAGCUCUUCGAGUGCAUGAGCCUCGCCUACAGGUGAGGAGGGGGCGCCCGGGGAAGGCCGCCCGCAUUGCAUACCCUCGGAUGGAAAGAGGGGUGAUGAUAAUAAUAACAGCAGCAGCAACAACAAUAUAAAUAUAAAUAAUAAAUGCCCCGCCCACCCGACUGGUUUGCCCCAGCCACUCGGGGCAGCUUCCAACACAUAUAAAAAUGUUAAUAAAACAUUAAACGAGAGAAAGCUGCCUGCUGAAGGGUGCAUAGUUACUUAUGGCCUUGGCUCAGGGGGUCCCAUAACUCCAGACCCUCCAACGUUUUCCCUAUGAAAAUAGGGAAGUCCUGAGGAAAAGAGGGUCAUUGCGGGAUCAAAUCAGAAAUCAGGAUGGCUUCUGUAAAUCUGGGAGAAUAGGGACACUCUGUUAUUUACUACUGCUACUGAUCUUAUUUUGGCUAGUUGGAGCAAGCUUCGGUUUGUUUGUUGUCUAGUUUCCAGCCACCUUUUCUCCAAGGCGCCCCAAUUUGAUCCUCACAACAACCUGGUGGCGAUUAUUUAUUUAUUUAUCUCAUCAGAUUUCAGCACAGCUCCACGGUUAAAUUUCUUUCUUUCGCAAAGCGGUUUACGAAAGGUAAAACGGUAAAACCGAGGGAAAACUCACAACGCUACUGUGAAAACGUACAAAAGUUAAAAUCCUAAAAGUAGAUUAAAAUCACCACAACCUUUUAAGCCAUCCAGAUAGGCUUGUCUAAGCAGCCAUGUUUUUAUUAGCCUCUGCAGUCAGAGAUCAAAGCGCCUGCUUGAUCUCAAUAGGCAGGGAGUUCCAAAGUUUAGGUGCUGCUGCCUUAAACAAGCAUUAAGUGGCACCUACAGUAGUGCCAGUUGAAGUGGUCGAAUGAGCAGCUGUGCGGUAGGCUAGGCUGAGAAACGGUUACUGGCCCACCAAAGUUGGAGAUAAUGGGGCUUGCUUGUGAGUGGAUGUGUGUGCAGAAGGUGCAAGAGGCAGGUAGGGUUGGCGAGAGCAUCUCCUUCUAAUGUCACCCCUUCAGCAUAGAGUCCAGAGUGCUGCCGCCCUGCGUGCAACUCCUGUGGAGAAGAGUUAACCAUGUCACUGGGCAUGGGGUGUCCUAAUCUUGGGAAGCGAUUUUACUGGGGUUUUUUGUUCUGAUUGAUUGAGUGUGCUUUUUUGUAUUAAUAGGGUGCUCACUACUUCAUAGAGAGCUUAUGUAUCAAAAUGUUGGUUAUAAAUGGAUACCAGAUGCCAUGCUGUGGUAAAUUUUCAGCCUAGGAGCACAUUGUGAUUGCCUGUACAAAGAACGCCAGGGACUGCAAUCCCCACCAUCCUCAGCUGUUACUCUUUCUAGCUAGGGCUGAUGGGAAUUGGAGUCCAGUCUCGGCUUGGUUAUUUUUCUCAUGCUCUCACUUCCUCUGUGCUAAUGUGUUACAAAAAGUAGGUAAAACUUGGAAGCCUCAUCAUCACCUCAUUCCCUUGCCUGCCAAUUGCCCUUGCCCUCUGUCACAUGAUAUCAUUUGCCGUGUUCAGAAAAAAGUCAUGGAGCUGUGCUUCCAUUCUUCUGCACCAUUGAUUAAUGCUAUUAAUAUAAAUGCUUAAAAAAUAAAUCCCACCCUUCCUGUAAAGACUUGGAGCAUGGUUGCCCCAUACUCAGCCCUUAUGAGGUAGGAUUAUCCUCAUAGCAACCCUGUGAGGUAGGUUAGCAGUGGCAGUUGAUGAGCAGCGGAGAAGGCAAUGGGGGGCCUUUCAUAAAAUCCAUGGUCCCCAGCUCCAUAAUCCCCUCACCCUUAUUAGCUGAACAACCCUCCCUCUAUAAACACGUAAAAACAAUGCAUGUCAUAAAAAGUAAGGGACAGAGACCUAUAGAGAUGGUGCCUGUCCUAACAUCAUAUUCAAAUUGUGCUUGAGUAGGGGCAUUCAGAUUCAAGUCCAAGGCUCUAACUCAGGCAUAGGCAAACUUGGCCCUCCAGAUGUUUUGGGACUACAACUCCCAUCAUCCCUGACCGCUGGUCCUGUUAGCUAGGGAUGAUGGGAGUUGUAGUCCCAAAACAGCUGGAGGGCCGAGUUUGCCUAUGCCUGCUGUAACUACCCAGGAACUGUGAGGGGAAGAUGUGUUGCACUGGAGAGGAAGCCUGUAUUCUCUGGAGCAGGCUUCCUCAACCUCGGCCCUCCAGAUGUUUUGAGACUACAAUUCCCAUCAUCCCUGACCACUGGUCCUGCUAGCUAGGAAUCAUGGGAGUUGUAGGCCAGAAACACCUGGAGGGCCAAGGUUGAGGAAGCCUGCUCUGGAGGCUUGUGAGAGGGGCAAGUGGGGGCUGAUUUAGUGUAGCAGGAGACGUUAAAAAAAUGUACUGAAUUUGUGUUGCAAAGAAUGUGAGAUUCUGUCUUCUUUUGCAUGGUAGCAGUUUUCAAGUACGUAUCAACAAUUGUCUUUGGGUGUGACCCCAAAUUAGCCAAAGUAGUUAACGGCAAAUCUUCUUUGCAGAAAGAGCUAUAAAAGUAAGUUUAUGGUGGAAAAUCUCAAGCUCCUCCAAGUCAGCAUGUUGUUUUGGUUUCCACUCCUAUUUUGCCCAUUGCAAGAAAAGAGUGUGCUUUCUCUUUACCAUGCUUUUUCUUUUGUAUGCAUUAAUUCUUUUAAUUGAGAGAUUGAAGUGUCAAAAGCUACGUUGAUAGAGGUCCAGAAUUCCAUGAGAGAAUGGAAACAACUUUUGGGAAUUUACAUUACAGUCUGUUUUUUCUUGGGUAAUUCUCCUUGUCUUGCCUCAGGAACAUGAUUUGCUCAACAUUGCAAUGUAAAUUUGUGCUAAGCUAAUUGGAUGUGGUAACAAAUGCAAGAGCUGCCCUGUUGGCGUAGACCAAGGCCUGUCUUGUUCAGCAUUCUGUUCCCUACAAAGAAGGUCUGUUGUCAUACUACUAUGAGCAAACUUUUUAUAACUUUAAAACACAGUGUCUGCUUGCUUUUUUUAAAGUCUGCCAUUAGACUGUCUGUUUCAGAAGUUGGAGCUGGCGCAUAAACCAGUAAUCUAGCUAGAAAAACAGGGUGUGGAAAAGGGCUAUGAAGGGACUGGUGAACUUCCUUGCAAGGAAAGUUUAUGUUUGGGGCUCUGGAGAAAGAGAACUAAGGAAUGUGUGCAGCCACUGUAAAGGUCUGUGUGCAUGAUGUGAAGGAAGUGGAUAAAAGCUGCUCUUCCUGCAAGAGGUUCGGAGCAGACAAAAAGCAAAACUUCACACAUUGCAACCACAAGAUAUGGAGAUGGUUUUAAAAAGAGACGAGACAAAUUCAGGAAGGAUAAGGCUAUCAAUGGCUACUAGUCAUAAUGGCUGUGCGCGGCAUUAGAGGCAGCUUACCUCUGAAUACCAGUUGCUGAGGACCAUGAGCAAGAGAGUGCUGUUGCACACAUGGUCCCUUUGGGGGCUUCCCAUAGCCGUCUUACUGACCACUAUGGGGAAAGGGAUGCUGGACUAGGUAGACCUUUGGCCUGAUCCAGCACUGCUGCUCUGAUGUUCAAGACCAGUUUGUGGGGCUGCUUUCCAGGCAGUGAGUUACAAAGCAAACUUGCUUUCAAUAAUACCAAAACACAGUGUGUCAGGUGGACUAUUAGGGCUACAGCUGAAUUUUGUUUCUAAGUGGGCUAGUGUUUCAGAAGAGAAACCGUCCUGUUGUUGUAGGAGGGACAUGCUUCAUUUUUCUAAGCUAGUUACUGUAGUACACAAAUUGUGCAUUGUGUGCUAAAUUCAAUCUGCUACAGUAAUGAGAUCUAGAAAGUCUUUAUCUAUCUCUACAAAGUAUUGCAGGAACAUUUUGUUCUCUUUGCCUUCACUGCCUAAAGAUCAAAGUAUCACAACAGGAUCAAAGAUUGUGACUGAUACGGAUUAGAUAGGUGUCUGUAGGUGUGCACUGUCUCACAAUGCUUUUCAACAGUGAUUCUCCCUCAGUUAAUGAAAACUUGCAAGAUAUUUUGUGAAAGGUUCUGUUAACUUCAGAUUUACCCAAACUAUGCACGCAUAGAAAUUGUGUUACUACUUCCUUUCCUCCUGUUAUGGAAAGAGAGUGCUAGAGGCAAAGUAAUGUUUAAGUGACACAAAAUAUUGUUAGAAUGUUUUCCCUUCUUGUUCUUAACACAGGUGUGUAAAUAUUGUUUGUGAUUUGUGUAAGCUCUUUUUAGAAUAUGCAGAAAACAGAAGCCUAUACUGAGUUAGACCUAUACUGAGUUAGAGUAACGUACCAGGUUCAUAUAGCGAGCAGAAAUUACUUUGCUGAUCUAUUUGCGUGCUUUGGAGGCGAUCUUAUCUGUUAAGGAGACUUUGCUUAAGAUAGAUGUGUGGCUGAUGGUUAUAUUUUAGGAAUGAUGUUAACACUGGGAUUAAUCAGUGUAAGCCCUCUGAAUCUUGUCUGUUGAGGUUGCCCAGACCAGGAUAUCAACAAAACCUAGCUCCUAUAAAUUUUGGGUUAAAAUGAUGUGUGAAAUUAUUAUUUAUGAUUAUUGUUGUUGAUUUCAGUGCUGUGAGGGUGGGUUAAAAAAAAUGAAAUGCAUAACUUCCCAGAAAAUUCUCAAUAUUGGGGGUGGGGCAGGGCAGGGCGGGAACAAGCAUUGGGGCACCUUAAAGACUAAUUGCUUAUAGCCAUGGUCAUAAGAAAAUGAAAUUCAAACCAUAUAUAUAUCUAUAUCAUCAAUAUCUAUAUCUAUAUCUAUAUCUAUAUCUAUAUCUAUAUCUAUAUCUAUAUCUAUAUCUAUAUAUCACUCAGGAUAACACUUCAUGCAACUUAUGGAAGUGGCCUGUUGUCCACAGAAGCAUAUGCCACAAUAGUUUCUUAGUACAGACCCUUUGCUGUUGCAGCUUCUAUCGUCGUAUUCCGGGAAAUUAGAAAAUGGGUAAAAUACUUUAAUUAGAUCAACAUUCACUGGGUAAGGAUAUGUAGACUCUUCACAGGUUUGCAUACUAACCAUUGACAUUGUUGUAAUAUAAUAUUACCAUGUCAGUUUUUUAUUUGUUCAACAUGUGCAGAAAAAGGCACAUUUACUUUACUCUUACUCCUCCCCCCGCUACCUUUACAUUUUUAUUUGGAAACAAAUUCUUCAGAGCUAAAAGGCCAAUGGCUCCGAAACGAACGUUGAUAACUUGUCAUGCCCAAUUGUUGCUGCCCACAGAAGCUUCAAGGUUAUGCUUAUUCUUUUAAAAUUUAUCUUUACAUAAUUUCCAAGGAAGUAGAUUUCAAAGCUGAAUCCUGUACUUAAAUAAAAUAUAUAAACAGAAUGAAAAUAUCAUAUUUCCCCCCCAUCAGGUACAAACAAAUCUGGUCUUCCAGGCCUUCGAAGUCCUGGUCUGAAGUCUUCAACUUUAUGGAGGUUUUCAGUAUGAAAGCUGUGUAGGAUAGUUUUGCUUGCAUGCCCCUGGCCACUUGGAGCAAAGAAGAAUUGCUUUCAAGUAGUUUGGUAGGGAAGUAUCACAAAGGCUGAUUGUGUCUCUUUUCCCUUUUCUUCUAGUUAAUAAAUAACUAGCAUUUAGAACUAUAUGGAAUAAUAGAACUACAGUGGUACCUCGGGUUACAUAUGCUUCAGGUUACAUACGCUUCAGGUUACAGACUCCGCUAACCCAGAAAUAGUACCUCGGGUUAAGAACUUUGCUUCAGGAAAUCGUGCUUCGGCUGCGCAGCGGCAGCAGGAGGCCCCAUUAGCUAAAGUGGUGCUUCAGGUUAAGAACAGUUUCAGGUUAAGAACGGACCUCCGGAACGAAUUAAGUACUUAACCCGAGGUACCACUGUAGUGACUUUUUUGUGUGUGGUAAUUUUUGUGAACUUAUUUGUAAGGCUGCUACAGCUUGAGGCUAGUAGGUAAGAUAAAAAAGAACAGUCUCUUCUUGUUCCUUUUCCUGUGUGCAGUUUAGGAACAAGGCUGGAUUUGGUAUGCCUCAUCUUUUACCCUGUAAAAGGAGCAGCUUACCAACCUUAGCCCUGUAAAAUGUACAGAAGGGGGAUUCAGCAGUAGAAAAGCAAGGACAGUGGUCUCCGUGAAACCAACCAUUGGAUCAUGUGGUUGGUUAUCUCCUUCUGGUGAAGGUGAAGGUAAUGCUGGAAAAAUUGACUGACACUUUUCCUGCCUGAUUAGCCAGCUUACCCCUGGGAGAUUAAUCUGUCAUUAACAGACAAAGCAUUAACCCCUGAAGUGGGCAGUUUUUCACAGGAAGUGGUUUGGGAAGCAGCCUAAAAGACUAGCAGAGCAUUUUAUUUGUAGUAAAUAUUUUUAAAAAGAUAAUAGAAAGCAGCAGAUCUGACUAAAAGGAAAGAAAGUUGAUUGCACUGUUCAUAUUACAUUUUUGGGGUAUGAGAAAGUUAUCAUUCUACCUUUCAGUGGUUGGAGUCUGUGCCAAGCAAGCAUUAGCCUUAUUGUUGCAUUUAUUUACUUUGGGUACAUUUGUACCUACCAAUCUCUCACCAAAGAGCUUAGAGCAUUAUAUUGGGAUUCUUUAGUUGUCUCAUCCAGCUGUGGGUCAGGCUCGUUUCUGUGUUCCUACAGAGCUGGAACUAUGGACUUGUUUAUAGUGCAUGUGAAAUGAAAAGGCCUGCGUUUCUGUGGUUUAGGGUCCAAGAAGGGGCAACAGUGAACAAGAAGAAAUGAUUGUAUGCUCCAGAAAGAUUGUUUUCUAUUAAACAGAAAUUGUGUCCUUCUGUAAGAGCAGUUCAUCAAUGAGCUAAGCCUCCUAGAGACAGUGCAUAAUCUCAUUCAGCUAUCUUCAUGGACAAUUUGGACACCCAUUUGUUGAAAAUGCUUUAUGUACAGAAGGUCCUGUGUAGGACACAGACAUGCACUGGAUGAUCAGUUUGCAUCCUGCCUAGGAUGAAGUGCUGUUGACAGUUCCAUGCCUGAAUUCCUUGCAGCCCUAAAGUAGGAUUUCAGCCUGCAGACUCUAGAUACCUCAUACACAUCCUGUUUCUAUGCUUCUUUACACGGAACCAAGGGGACGCAGGUGGCAUUGUGAUCUAAACCACUGAGCCUCUUGGGCUUGCCAAUUGGAAGGUUGGCGGUUUGAAUCCACACAACGGUGGUGAGCUCCUGUUGCUCUGUCCCAGCUCCUGCUAACUUAGCAGUUUGAAAGCAUGCCAGUUCAAGUAGAUAAAUAGGUACCGCUGCGGCGGGAAGGUAAACAGCGUUUCUGUGUGCUGUGGCUUUCAUCAUGGUGUCCUGUUGCACCACAAGUGGUUUAGUCCUGCUGACCACAUGACCCGGAAAGCUGUCUGCGGACAAACGUCGGCUCCCUCAGCCUGAAAGCGAGAUGAACGCCACAACCCCAUAGUCGCCUUUGAUUGGACUUAACCGUCCAGGGGUCCUUUACCUCUACCUUACCUUUUACAUGGAACCAAGUUCUCCUGACCUGAGUUUGAUGGGAUUGAAUCCUUGGCAUGAGAACACAGCAUCAAAAUUCUGAGCAGUAUCCUCCCUGUGGAUGAAGUGGCUGCUUGAAAAGGAAAAAGUUGCGUAACACAGGAAUCACAACAUUGUUUAUUGAAGCUGUUAUAUCCGCUGUAAUGGACAUGUUUGCUUCUAGUGGAGCUUGUCAUUCCAUAUCAUUCCAGAGCCCAUCUGUUUUCAGACUACAGUAUGAAAUGAAAACAGUAGUAAAUGAAAAUGGUGCAGUUAGGUAAUUUUAGACUCUGGACUUGAUUGCCUUAUUGGAAUGCCCCUCUUCAGACAGUAGGUGGGUACUACCAUAUUUUUUGCUCUAUAAGACGCACCAGACCACAAGACGCACCUAGUUUUUGGAGGAGGAAAACAAGAAAAAAAAUAUUCUGAAUCUCAGAAGCCAGAACAGCAAGAGGGAUCGCUGCGCAGUGAAAGCAGCGAUCCCUCUUGCUGUUCUGGCUUCUGGGAUAGCUGCACAGCCUGCAUUCGCUCCAUAAGACACGCACACAUUUCCCCUUACUUUUUAGGAGGGAAAAAGUGAGUCUUAUAGAGCAAAAUAUACGGUACUUCACUACUGUUGGAAACUCAGAUAUAUAAGCUAGGCAGCAAAUGGCUCCUUAAACCAGGGUUUCAGUCACCAAAAUGGAAUGCCUUGUUCCCAUUUUUUGGCCAGACGACUCAAAAGUUAUAUUUUCCAAUACAACUUUUUGGUUCCUGAAAUUCAUUCUGAUUGUGCAGAUAAAAUAAAAUGAAUAAAAUUCUACAGGAUGUGUUGCUAGUGUGUGAGAACAGUCAAGAUCCAAGGAUCCCCAGGCCAGGCAUGUAUCCCCAGAUGGUGGAGAUGUCAGGCCCGGGCGUCUUCAUUUGGUUGCAAAGUGCGCCUGGGGAAUUUUGAAUGCUGACUUCACCUACUCCAAAAUGGCAGCCUUGCUGUGUUUGGGGUCCCACCUGCUCAUUCUCCUAAGUAGGGUCUUGGACCUCUGCCCCCAAAGUCUGGUACCACAGGGUUUGCUGUUGCUGAGUUCCAUUUUGCAUUGCUGGGGCUGCUCCAAGUGUUUUCUUCCUGCUUGUGCAAUAGUUAUUUCCCAGAACUAUUAGCAGGCAAAUUUUUUGCAUUUCCUUCUGGGAGGAGGGCUCAGUCAAUACUAGCAUAUUGUGAAAAUAUAGGCACUUCUGUUUCUGUAGCUACACAGAUGAUUACUAUUAGAAUUGGAAUAAGCAUAAUCUGACUGUUAUUGCUACAUGUUUCAUAUAUACAGUCAAGGAAAAAAGAAAGUACACCCUCCUUGAAUUCUGUGGUUUUACGUAUCAGGGCAUAAUGACAAUCAUCUCUUCCUUAGCAGGUCUUAAAAUUAGGUAAAUACAACCUCAGAUGAAUAACAACACAUUACACCAUGCCUUGAUUUAUUUAAUAGAAAUAAAUCCAAAAUGGGUAGUUAGAGAGACACUUCAGUGGGUAUAGGAUCAGAUAGCUAACAUUUUCAUGUAAAGUCUGCAUAUGUUCUUAGUUGGAAUCCUUUGUGAAAGUACCUGCUUGUGUGCUGACAGAACUGCCUGCUCUCUCUCCCAAUGGCAGAAAAGUGUUGCUCUUGAUAGGGUGCUUGUGGAUUGUGUUUCUAUGCUAAAACAAACCAAGGCAAGAAGUUCACAAUACUAAAUGGGCUGUGUCCCUAGCAGCAGGUCAACAAAGGCUGAGAGGUCUGCGUUGCAUUCUUUAAGCAAGGACUUCUCAAACUUUACCAUCUCAGUCUUAACCAACCCAAAACAAACAGUUGCCUGUAAGUAGAUGUUAAAUGUCUUCUCUUUUCUCCACCUGCCUUCCACCCACUUGCUGCUGAUCCCUUGCAAAAUUCAUGUUGCUGAAGCAUUUACAGGAGCUCUCCUUGAGUUUUUUCCUACAGUUUGUUUCUUGCAAAGCUUAUCAUUCUGUAAAAAGCCACAGUUGAGAGAAAACAUGGGGUUUCAGAUGCACAAUUACACUUGUUGACGUUCAUCUAAAAUUCUUUGGCAGGAAAUAAUAAUAAUAAUAAUAAUAAUAAUAAUAUUUAUAUCCUGCCCAUCUGGUUGGGUUUCCCCAGCCACCUCUGGACGGCUCUGAGCAGAAUAGUAGAAACACGAUAAAACAUCAAACAUUAAAAUAUUUGCUAAGCAGAGCUGCCUUCAUAUAUAUCAGGGGUUGGCAACCUAAGGCCCAUGAGCCACGUGCGGCCCAUGGGGGUUGUUUAACUGGCCCAUGGACCCCUGCCGGCCGCUUGGUCAGCUCUCGUGCGCCGUGCUAAACUGGUGCAGAGCAGAGCAGGGACUGCCUUCCGUGAAGCUGACUGGCUUCCCAUUGGUUGCAGGAAGCUCCUGCAGCCAAUGGGAAGCUGCGCACACCUCCUCCGUGCUGGAAGGAGCACCGGAAAUAGCAUUUGCGCAUUCGUGUGCAUGCGUACACUCCAGCCCACUGUGACGUCUGUGGGACCGUGAACCUGCCCAGGUUUGCCAACCCCUGAUAUAUAUGAAUGGGGAGAAAUGGCCAGGGAGGAAAACCCCUAGUUCUUCCAGCCCACCUGCUGUUCCUUAGCUCAAAAUUGCAGCCUUCCACGUUUUCUCUUCAUUUGAAAUAGAAUAGUUGGAGGUCUGUUAUAUGCAGUUGUGGGGAAUCUGUGGCCUUCCAGAUGCUGUUGGACUCUAGCUCUCCUCAGUCUCUGCCACCAUGGUCAUAGAACUGUAGAGAUGGAAGGAGUCAUCUCAGGCAGGUCAGCUGGAGAGGCACAUGCUCCCCACCCCUGAUGUAAUAUGUAGUUUGCCUGUCAGCCAUAAUACUGCUCAAGAUUUGCCUUUGGUAUUCCAGCAAUCCUAUGCUAACAAACGAAAGCUGCAUCUGUUAAUUUUUAAAUUUUGCUCUGUACGUGACCAAAAAUCUUUUCAAAAGCACCCCUGCUUCCACAUCAAAAGCUGGCUGCUUAGCUGGAAGGCUUAUAAAAUCCAAAGUGUCUCUGCAAAGGGAAAGUUUGUAUUUAUAAUCCUUUUACAUGGCCUUUGUUAAGCAGAUAAGUGGAUGGCAGCUCCUUUUAUCAAGCCUGUCAGAGGUGUCAAUGUUUGCAGCUUGAUUCCAUCGCCUCUCUGCUGGCUGCCUGGAAGCCAGUCGUGGGUACAAGCGGGCUGACUGCACUCCUUUCACCAGCACUCGCCACAUUGUAGGAUAAUUAAGUGCCACUUGAUAAGGCGAACUGCUCUGAUGUGCUAAGUGAGGUAGCACUUGACUUCUCAUCACUCUGUUCUGUCCCAGUGGCUGAAGAAUGGCUCCAGGUCGGAGACUUUUCAUGCUGAGCCCUGAUGUUCCAUUUAGAGCAGCCAUUUCAAGGCGUCUCUUCUGAGCAUUUGUAUGUCUUCUUUAGAUGAACGCCAGCCACAAAUGUGGUUUUCACCACUCAGCAGAGGCAUGAAUGGGGGAGCCUUUUCCCAAGCCAUGUCUUUGACAAAUCUACCUGCCUGUUACGCAAGUUUCCAAACACCUUUGUAGCACUUAUUUACGUAUUUAAGAAAUUUAGAGACCGCUCACCAUUUGGUCCCACAGUGGUUUGCAAUAAUAAAAUGGUAAUGAAAUACAGUACAUAAAACAAUAUAACAUUUCUUAAAAGAAAACACAAUGAAAAAGAGAAACAAAAAACUCCAAAUAAUUCAUCACAUGAUUUAAAAAUAUUGGUUUGCUUAACCCAUCAACCAAACAGUUUAUUAAACCAAUGAAAACAAGAUUGCACUUCAUCACCAAAUGAUAUCAUUUUAAAAAAAUUGAUAAAGAGUGACAAUUUCUUUACAAAUUGAUCUUUAUCUGUAGAAAAUCCUGAACCCAAAUAUCAUAUGUUUAUAUGAUAUGUUAUACACUAAAGCUGUGUUCCAUAAACCAUUCUGAUAACAGAGGUUCUACUUUUCUUCUUUCAGUACUUGGGAAAUAACAUUUUUGCCACUACCAAUAAGUUAGUAACCAUCUCAACAUUUGUACUAUCCAGACAUCAUUCCAAAUAAUUCAAUAGUAUUCCAGUUGGUUCAUUUGGAAUAUAGCCAGUCAUCUAUUUAAUAUAAUGCAACGCAAACCACUGAAAACUAGGAAUCACAUUUCAGAAAUAAAUGUAAAUAAUCUGUGUAAACUUUUCGACAUCAACAAUUAUCCUGAGACAACUUGUUAAUCUGUUUUUUUUAAUAUGGUGUAAAAUAUCAUUCACACAUUUACAAAAACUUUCUUUCAAAUGAGCAGCAAUUAGUACUUUACUUAGAUUUUCUCCCAAGCCAUUUAAAUGUAAAUAAAAAAUUAUUCUAGUUAAAAUAAUAAAUGAUAGAAGGUUUUGGGGAAAAGUUCAACAUUUGAUCAAUCAGGUUAUAAAACAAAAGUUCAUUUUGGACCCAAAAGUGGUGUUGCUUAAUUAUCAACCCCCAGAAUUUAAUUAAUAAGAAUUUAAUUUUACACUUGUUAACAGCUGCAAAGUUAGUCAUCACGAGACAUUGGAAGUGCCUAGAUGUGGACCUCUUUGAAACCUGGAUCACACGGAUUUGAACUUAAUACUUAUAGACACACUUAAGACUUUGCAACAAGAAUGCUGAAGUGGUGGUGGGGAGCACUACUUUUUAUGCAACAUGGUUUGUUUUCUUCACUAUGUACAGUCAGUCAGGUAUGGCUUCCACCCCAAAAAAGACGAGAGACACUAUGGAAUGACACUUUUGUUCAUUGUAAGGUGGUGGACUCUCCUUCCUUGGAGGUCUUUAAGCCCUCUGUCACAAAUUACGGGGGGGAGGGGGGGUUGGACUAGAUGACGCUCAGGGUUCUUUCCAACUCUACAAAUAUAUUAAUUCUGUUAUUCUAUAUGAGCAAGAGAAUAUAGUCUUCAGUAAGAAAAUAAUUAUAUGAAAGGUUGUUGUUUUUUUCCCUUCUAGUUUUGUGUCUUUGGAUGAGAUGGUUCAUGUUUUCUCCAGUGUGCUGGCCCCUCUUUUUCAUUGUUUUCCUCGUUUCAUCUCCUUUGGCAUCAGUCUACGGAAUAUGGAUAAAUGUUUAGAUGAGAUGCCUUUGACUUUGGCUGUGUACAGCUGCUCCCAGUGGAAAAAGAAGACGACAGCCAGCUUUGUGUUAACUCUUAAGAUGCUGUAGGUAGAUGAUUACUGCAGUAACAUAUGUAUUAUACUUUCUACUGUUAAAUAUUCACUUUAAGAACAUGAGAAAAGCCUGCUGGGUCAGGCCAAUGGCCAGUUUAGUCCAGCAUCCUGUUCUCGCAGUGGAUAGCCAGAUCCUGUGAGAAGCUCGCUUACCUGACCUGACUGGAGCACAGCAGCACUCUGCUCCCCUGUCUUUUGCAGCAAGUGGUAUUCAGAAGCAUACUGCCUUUGACAGUGGAGGUAGUACAUAGUCAGCAUGGACAGUUGUCCUUGACAGCCUUAUCUUCCAUAAAUUUGACUAAUCCUCUUUUUAAGCCCUCCAAGUUGGUUGCCAUCAUUGCCUCUUGUGGGAGCAAAUGACAUAAUGUUAUGAGAGAGGGAUAACAACUUUCUGCUGUCCCCUUUCUCCACAUCAUGGAUAAUUGUAUACACCUCUGUCAAGUUUUCUCUCUCUUGUCUUUUCUCUGAACUAAAAAAGCCUUUAAUAAGCCCUUUCCACAUAGGGGAUUUGCCCCAUCCCCUUGAAAAUUUUGGUUGUACUUUUCUAAACCUUUACAGUAUCCUUUUUGAAGUGAGGUCACCAGAACUGUGAGUAUUUCAAUUGCAUUUGCACCAUACAUUUUGUUUUAAUGAUCAGAGGUUGCUCUGAAAGGAUCAGGAGCAGCUGUUCUUGACCUAUGGUGUGUGUGUGGGUUUAUGCAUGUAUAUGCGUAUCAUUACAUUCCUAGAGAAGCCAUCAAGCUGACCUAAUUGUCUUUUAUAAACCUGCAGCAGCUGUUCAUUUUCAGCAUAAUCCAUUCCUACAUUUAUUCCCACUCCUGACAUGAAUCAGGGGUAUGGGAGAAAAUAGCUUGUAUCUGUUUCCAGGUAGACUCAAUUUUUCAAAAUGCCUGGCUAUUUGGUGAAGUGUGUAGUGGCUAAAUUCAUGAGCUAUGAACUGAAAAGCAUUAAAAAAAACCAUGAAAAAACCUUUGCAAAUCUGCCUUAGAUGAAGUUGUCUAUGUAUCUGAAAGAAUAAUUUUUCUUAUCAGCCGAGUCUGGUGCAGUAAAAUACUAUUUCCUGUGCUGCUUAGAGAGAUGGUGAUGCAAAAGCUUUCCCGUGGAAAAGUUUGGGGGACUGAAAGAUCUCCAUGCUAGGAUGAUUUUAAAAUCCCUUUUGCUGCCAUUUCCUGGUCUUAAUCCAGUCUUAUUGGGAACACACAGAUGGAUUGUCCCAUGUAGGCCAGAUCCAUCAGUGUGAAACUUCACUCCCCUUAAUGGCACCCCAGAUCCACUGCUGAGGAUAAAUUGGGAAACUUCAAACUGCAGGACAGCAAGAGGUGCCAAAAGGGUGGCCCCUCCCUCUGCUACGUGCCCUUAAAUAACCAGGAACUGACGUGGCUUUUUCAGGCCUUGUUGGCCAACACAGGAGUGGCAAAUAUGAUGAGGCAAGCCAAACAUGCAAAGCAUUUUAAAAGACAUUCCUUCCCCUCCAUAAAAGGUCUGCCCUGUAAGCAAGUGCUGUAAUUUUUCUGCAGCCAGUGAUAUGAAUUUUAAAAGAGAGAUGUUUGCUUUUGCUUUCUAAGCACCUUCUAGAAUUAAGAUAACACAUUCCAAGGACAUACUUUUAAAAUCUGGCUGCUGUGAUACAGGUCACUUUGAAAAGUUAUCUCAUUUUAACUUGAUGCAAAUCCUGUUUAGGCUAUGAAAGAGGUCUUUUGGCUUUCACAGGGUUUCCUGACUAACUUAUUACAACUUAUUAUUAUUCUAGACUAACUUUUUCUGUGAUUAAUGUUUUGCCUGGUUUCUGUUCAGUUUAACGCUUUCAACAGUAAACAGGUGCUGUUGAUGAGCUUUUGAGCUGUAACUGAAGGACUGUUUUUGCAUUGUGUGAGAGGGUUUGCAUUGCGGACAGGUUCAGCGUGGGAGAGGUGAGCUGGUUCUCCAAAAUGCUCUUUUCUGGAACACCGAGGAGACUGUUUAGAAUAAGAUCCUUGUAGUCUUCAGGGUAUUUAUAGGCUUGUCAUGUUGUGUGGGGAAUGCUACAUUAUCCUUGGUGACAGAAGAGCCUAGCUUCAGGUUUCUCCACCUGUUGUAUGUGGUAAACAGCUCACUGUUCUAUGAAAUCAGUAAACCUUCCCCAGGCUCCUGUUCAUCUAGGGUAAGAGACAGGCUAAUAAAUAAUUGGAAUAAGGUUGUUCUGAGGUACUUCACAAGAGCCAUCUUGGUUAGCUCUGCUGAUAAACAAAACAUCAUCUCAACCUGGAGUUGCUGCUUAGACUUAAAGGCUUUGCAGAAUUUGGAAUCCCCCAGAAUCCCAAAGCAUUUGAUUAUUUGCCAGCACCCGUUACUUGGUUUGGGUGGUCAUUUUUAAUACUUGGAAGGAACCAUAAGGUGACACUUCCAGCUUGGCAGUUAUUUUUGGAAAUGCUUCAACUUCAGCCGGAAUUAUGACUCACAUCACAUUGUUAAACAGUUCUCGCAUCUUUAGGAUAACAGGGCUCCUGGAAAUGCAAUAGCCGAAUAGCUGAGUUAAUUUUGACAGGUGAAUCUUCCCAGCCUUUGCAAUACCAUCGGCAGGAGAGAAGCUGAAUUUUCUGAAAUCUUCCAUUUCUUUGUACAGUCGUGCCUCGCGAGUCGAAUGUUUUCGUUCCCGAACUCCGCAAACCCAGAAGUGAGUGUUCUGGUUUGCGAAUGUUCUUUGGAACCCAAACAUCCAACACGGAUUCCUGCAUCCAGUCAGAAGCCGCGCCUUGGUUUCCGAACGUUUUAGAAGUCGAACGGACUUCCGGAACAGAUUCCGUUUGACUUCCAAAGUACCACUGUACUUGCUAAACCAGAUUGGCUUUGCAUUUUAAAGUCUAAUGUCUCUUGCAACCACCCCUGUGACUUGGGUCGUUUUUUAGUCACAAUUUUACAAACUGACAAAUAAGUGUGUCCCAGUUUAGCCCAUGUUGAACUGGGAUUUUGAACUCCAAUCCAGUUCUCUGUCCCGUCUUCCAUGCUCAUUUGUUGUGGCCAGCUGGUGUCUUCUUGCCCCUGGCUGAACCUUUUUGGUGGGGCAAGCACAAGUGCAGCUGAGCAUGUUAACUGCAACUUGUUAUGGUAACAGUGGCAGAGCUACGUUGUCCCCUCUCUUCGUGUCCAUCCCAGCCGUAAUAAAAGGAAUAAAGAAACCCUUGAUAACUUAAAGGAGGACAAGAGUUUGCUCCCAGUUGUAUCUGAUCUCUUGUAACAUUCCUUUGUAGUCCAGUGCUCUGUGUUAAACCAGCUCCACACAGACUUCUGUUGCACCUCACUUAAACCUUCAUCCUCUUCCGCACUCAUGAAGCUCUAGCAAGGUAGUGCAGAAAAGGAAGGAGAACAGCCUUUGCUUUUUUUCUGGGGGUAUUCAGGGGUACGCAGUACCAGCACCUCUGUUUUUUGUUGUUAAAAAGUGUGGCCCUUACUAUAACAACUUCAUGGUGGGAAAAAAGCACUGGGUGCAGGCGUCACAAAGGUUAUUUUUAGAGGCAGGAAGUGAGAUAAAUAAAAAAUUCUUCCAGGGCAUCCUCUCUGUUCUCUAUCCUUACACCCCACCAGCUUGUCAAAUAUGUAGAAGAAAUUAUGGCACUGCCAAAUAAAGUGUCAAUAUGGCAGAACUCCCCUUGCUUUCCCGCUGCCACAGGAAUAAAAAAUAACAAUUUGAUCUCAUCAGGUUGCUUUAAAAUAUGGGUUUCCGAAGGGAUAAUUGUUCUUGCUCUGAGUCAGUCACAGCAUUGAUGAUUGCAGUUAUAUGUUGCAGUCUCCCAUUGCAGGUUCUUCAGUCACUUCUUAUUAUAAUAAUAGCUAUCACCUGCUGUUGCUUAUUAGACUUGUUAGAUGCUUAUUACCCAAAAGUCUCCAAGCAACUUAUAACGCAUUAAAACAUCAAUAUAAAUACAUGAUACCAUAAAAGGAGAGCAAACAAUAUCCAUAACUUGACACAGGAAGCUCGGCAGCUCACUAAUAACAAAAAACAUGUGGGGGGGAGGGGGAUGUAAGUCUUUAUGGUGCCGCAAUGUUGUGCACAUUACCAGAGACUGGAUUACCAAAGCCAGCCUGUCUCUAUGCAGGUAGGGUCACAGCUAGAGUACCACCACAGACUGAUGAAAGGCACUGUACACACUCCUGAUUGGCUUCAGCAAGUCUCACAAGACCUCAACCACUCCUAUUGGUAAGGGGAAUAAGAUUGCAAAAACACCCUUAAAUAUGAUCUCCAAUUUAGCUCUUUCCUCUUCAUGGCAAUAGGGCACUAGGCCAGAGUUAAAUGUGUCCUUCCUUGAUGUGAGCCGAUGGCUGUGCUUGAAGCUUUCAAGGGCAGUUGGGGAUUUGCUUUCUAGCCAUUUUGAAAACUGUAUACAAACAAGUCAGUGGGUGAGUUUGGACUUCAUUGAAGCCGCCCAGACAGGAGGGAAAUAACAAUUCUUAUUGGCUCAAUACAGGAAUGUUUUUGUCCUGCAUGUCUGCCUUUUUGCUCCGCAGCACAAUAAGUGAGCGUUCUUAUCUGAUGCUCUGAAUGAACCUUUGUUUGAGAAAAUAUUGUUAGUUUUGGCUUGAAGAGAGCUGAAUUCACGCGUCCAGUUUCCCACAAAAGAGAUUAGAUUAAUUUUCUUUUAACAAUAAAGAAAUGUGGAGAAAGUGUGAGCCAUUGUCAAAACUGGUUUGUUUAGUUCAGUUGAACUGAAAAGGCUAGGUAACUGAAUGUGUAUUGAGAAUUAGGUUUAGGAGUGCUAAGUUACUCAGUUUUAUUAUUGUGCAUUCAGAUUAAUUGUUUUAAAAGUCUGUUUAGUGUAGCAGAAUAUGGGUAUCAUCACUUAACGGUUUUAUGACCGAGUUCCAACUAGGAAUUGAAUAAGUCGCAACAAAAAGACACCACUCAUCUCCUACAAGGAUUUACCAGUGACUCGGUGCCAGAAUACAAUUAGUUGUUGGCUGUGUUUUCUACAUACAGAAUGUAGAUGCCAACAUGGUUGAAUGCACUGUACCACUUCAGAUUUACAGGUGGGAGAUAAUCACUUUUUCAUACUUCCCCAUGUCUGCCCAUAAAAACUAGCAUACUAAGAGUUAUAAAAACUAGCAUACUAAAAGUUAGUUUUCUUUUUAAAACCAAUAUACUGCACUUUCUAUAUAUAUAAUGUUUAUUAUAUAACAUAAAAAUUAUUUACAUAAUGCAGAUAUUAUAAAAUAAACCAUCAGCUAUAAUUAUAGUGCAGUUAAGGGUGUUAACAUGUGAAAAUAAUGCAUGGUUGAGCAGGGAGCAGGGUCAGGCAUAAGGGGCCAUUUGUUUAUUAUGGGUUUUUUAAUAGACAACUGGAAGAGGAGAGAAGUGCAGAGGACUAUAAGCGGAUGGGUGCCCUAUUUACCAUCCUUUGGACUCUCUGGGAAACUCACCAAUCCAACUCUUCUGUAGCUUGGAACUGACAGUGCUGAGUAGGUCAAAGCUGUGGGCGACCUAGGGUGAGGUCACCACGUUCCAUGACGCCUCUCUGUUGUGAGAUCUUGUGGGUGAUCUUUGAACUCAUUUAGGCUCUGGGUGAGAGCCAAGGUCAAUGGGUGGUGUCCUAGGUAAGAGCCAGGAAGCUUAGAGGUUUUGGGUCAGAAGGAGAAGGAGUUGAUACCAGGAAGCAUUCUUUAAUAAGUUGUGUUGCUAAUUCUUCUGUGUAUUUUUGUAACAUUUGCUGUUCUUGCUUUAGUUUUCUGAUAUAUUUUUAUUAAUUGGGAGGUUUGGAAAUGGUAUAAACAAAGAGGAGCAUUUCAAAAUGUUAACCCCCCACCCCAUGCUGCAGUCUGAACUGUGGCAGUCAGGUUUCUCCACUGUACAACCCAGCCUUUUGAUUCAGCAUAGUAUUGUCAACAGUACUUUGCCUUUCCCUUAUUCGGGCUACCCCUUUCUGAAAUAAUCUUUCACUAUGAUUAUCACUGCUUUGCUACUUGGUCUGUGUCUGCUUCAAGGUGGAAUGGUGUGUGAAAAUUCUCAUACAUGAGAUGCACACGGUCAUUCAGAGCAUAGUUGCUUUCAAGGGCAAAGGAGCAAUGAGCAUAUAGCAGCCAAAUCACAGGGCCUGUGGUCCACUGAAGCAGCAUGUGCAAUGCACUAAGCAGCUCUUCCCAACCUGGCGCCCUCCAGUUAUUUUUUGACUCCAACUUCCAUUAGUCUCAGCCGGCUUGACCACAGCUCAGGUAUCACGGCAGUUGUGGCCCAGCACACAACUGGAGAGCACCAGAUCAGGGAAGGAAAGCAUUAGUUAACAUGAAGAACGUAAGAAUAGCCUGCUGAAUCAGGCAGCCAACCCAGUAGUCCCUCUAGUCCAGCAUCCUGUUCCCAGAAUGGCCACCCAGAUGUCCAGAACCUAAGUGCAGUAGCAUCACUCUCCCCACCUGUUUCAAGGCAAAGAGGGGAAGCCAUCUGCAAGGCUCAUGUGCUCUUUUACUGCUUGAAGUUUGGUUUAGCAGUAAACAUCAAUUUUCAUUCUGUCUUUGAGACAGUCUACACAAGAGUUUCCCCCUGCUGCGGUUCUGCAGGUAGUACUUUAAGGGCCAGCGAUCUGCGGCCUCUUUGUCCUGUGCCUUUUCAGAGUUGUUUUGUUACUCUUGUUCUGCUAUUUCACUGUCUCUGUAUUAGUGCUUGUGUGCUUUAGCUUUGUGCUAGUAUCACUGGUGGGAGGUUUCUUAAACCUGAAAACCUGUGUUGUUGUUGUUUUUAACAACGCUGGGGCUGGCUUUCUGGGCGGGAAAUAGUAACCUGCCAUUUUCAUUUCUGACCCUCUGUUUUAUGGCCGUUGGGUAAGUAGUGAAGACGACCCUUUGCUGCAGUGUAGCUGUAAGGAAUUGCUUUUGUUUCAUGAACUCAGCUGUGUUGCUGCACCUUGUGGAGCAUCACAGAGCAUUUCCCCCCCUUUGCUCCUAAUGUACAGCUGCGAUGCUGCGCAGGUGCUUACCUGAUAAAAUUAAAUAGAAAGUCACAUGAGACACAAAUGCCACCCAGUAAUAAACAACUCCUGUUGUAAUCUCUUGCAUGUGGCAAGGGAUUCCAGAUUAAUUUUAAUUAUACCAUCAUCCUCAGGGUGGCAGCCUGGGAGAGGCAUUCUCUGUGGCAGCCCCUAAGCUGUGAAAUUCGCUCUCCCCCACCCCCAACAGAGGUGCAUCUAACACCUUCAUUGUAUAGCUUUUGCUGUAUGCUGAAGGCACAGCUCUUUACCCUGGCCUUUGACACCUAGGUUUAGUUAAUAGGAGCCACCACAGUCCUCUGAUGUAAAGUUUCAGCUGGGGUGGGGGGGAAGGGUUAACCCACCCUAGGACAUUAUGGUGAAGGGCAGGUAACACAUCAGUACAAAAAGUCAGAUUAUACCAUAACAUGUGACCACCAAGCAGCAGUUCAGUUUGCAAGACAAAGUAGCACAAGGAAGCCUCACUAGUAGCACAAGGAAGCCUCACUAGUGUCCUGUGCAGCAGUGGUGGCUGGUGCUCAUUGGGGCUGGUGAGGUGUAAAACAGGAAGCCAACAGCAGGUGGAGCCAGAGGUAACGUCAAUAAAUUCUAGAUUUGUUCCCAUCUUCCUCCCUUCUGAGUUCUACAAGGGCAAUUUUGAGGCUGAAGAAGAGGAAUCUGACAGUGCCACCCCCUGGAUUGGUAGCUAAGUAGCAAAGUGGGCAGGUGGGGGGGGAUGUUGUUGUUGUUGUUGUUUAGUCGUUUAGUCGUGUCCGACUCUUCGUGACCCCAUGGACCAGAGCACACCAGGCACUCCUGUCUUCCACUGCCUCCUGCAGUUUGGUCAAACUCAUGCUGGUAGCUUCGCGAACACUAUCCAACCAUCUCGUCCUCUGUUGUCCCCUUCUCCUUGUGCCCUCCAUCUUUCCCAACAUCAGGGUCUUUUCCAGGGAGACUUCUCUUCUCAAGAGGUGGCCAAAGUAUUGGAGCCUCAGCUUCACGAUCUGUCCUUCCAGUGAGCACUCAGGGCUGAUUUCCUUAAGAAUGGAGAGGUUUGAUCUUCUUGCAGUCCAUGGGACUGUCAAGAGUCUCCUCCAGCGCCCUAAUUCAAAAGCAUCAAUUCUUCGGCGAUCAGCCUUCUUUGUGGUCCAGCUUUCACUUCCAUACAUCAUUACUGGGAAAACCAUAGUAGGGAGGAUAGCUGAGAACAAACUGAGGUUGGGGGGCAGAGCUACAUUUCCCUCCACUGCUGCAUAGGUUGAUCAUUCCUUGAUCUUCCAGGAUGCAUUUGCUCCAGUUUGCCCAUGGAUGGUUCCCUGCUUUAGGAACUUACUAUGAACUCAGCUUUGCUUGCUUGCUUUCUCAAAUCAAAUGUUCUUCAUAUCUUUCCCGUGCUGUUUUAUCUUCCCUGGGGGGUUGUAAAUAAAUGGCACAAGAGGUUUGUGGGUUUUUUUAAGAACACGUUGCUCUUAGGAAAUACAGGAUUAAAGGGAGGCAGUAUGACCUUUUGGGAAUUAGCAGCUUUAAAAAGUCACCUCAUGCGAUGCAGGUUAAUUAAAGUAUUGCCUGCCUCUUGGGUUGGGGAUUAAUUAUUAUCUGACCUACCAUUAACUUGGACUGAGAACUUGAAUCUCUCCCUCCAGAAUUUCAGCCAAGAGAGAGCAGAGUGCAUUAUACACAUCCAGACUGUAGAGCUACUUUUGUUUUUAAACAAGUUUGUCAAUAUUUGAUUACUAUUUCAGUAUUUGUUAAAUCCAGCCUUGCUAAUAACUCCUAAUAACAUUUACAUACAAAAAAUCUAACUAGCCCACCCUAACUACAUAUCGGAGCCUUUUUUGGGAGUUUUAAACUGAUUUUUGGAAGGUUGUCUUCAGUUGUUUACUAGACGUUUUAAUUGUUAUUAGUAUUGGUAUGUUUGCCACCUUGGGCUCCUUUGAAGAUGGUGUGGGGUGUAAAUCUGAUGAAAUACAUUUGCUUGUCAUUUAUACUAUGUCUGUGGCCUGAAAGGAAAAAAGCCACAAUAUAAAUAAAUAGCUCAACCUCUGUGUCCAAGGCUAAUGCAGGGCUGGGGGUGUCACCAAGAUUGCAGCUGAAGAGGGAGGGGUUCCCCACACUCUGCAUUCCUAGGGACCCCCUACCCACAUGCCUUGUAUUCAAGAGAAAAACCUGUGGCCAAAGCUGCACGCUAUGCAUUUGAAAUAUCAUAUAUUUGGGCCCUCCGUAUCUGUUGAUUGGUGUCUUGGGAUUGCUGGCUAAGGCCAUGAAGUCUUAUCUUGUAAGAGUGGGAGACACAGAUACCCUUGUUGCACAAACCAUUUCUUGCCUGUUUUGGAUGCACAAGAUGCAGAAGUUGUCAUCACCAGCAUUGCUUGAUAGGAAACUGAGCAUUGGACACCAGGAAUAUCUGAACCCCUGUAGCUACGGUUUCAUUGUAUGUUAGGCAAUCGGGGUUAAGGCAACAAAAGAAGCUGAAGAAUUAUGUCUACCUUGGGCAUUCACUCUUUUGGAAAGCCCUGGAAAUCUCAGGAGACGAAGAGUUGCUUUAGCAGAUGAUUCAAGUCUAUGCUUUUCAGUGUCCAGCAGGAUGGUGUGUGUUUGGUGGUCGUGGUGUUUGUUUUAAAUUGUACUAUAUAUUUCAUUGCUAUAUAAUGGAAUGGAGCAGCCUUUGCCAAUCUGGUGUCUUUCAGGUGUUUUCGUUCAAACCAUCUGGAGGGCACCAGGUUGGCAACGGCUGGAAUAAGGAGUAGGGAAGCAAGUACAGGAGCUGCAUAGGUCAGGUGUGUGGUAAUAGCACAAUACAGAAGAAGCUAAACAGUUACCUGACAUUAUCAUUGUGAGGGGAAGCCAGUAUAUAUUCAUCUCGAUGCAGUCAAACUCCUUCCGCAGGUUUUUACUACCCACUUUUGACAAAGCAAUUGUCAGUGGGUUGGCUGUAAAAUGUGCAGCAGCAAGUCACUAAAAUCUUAUUUAGGAACCUAUUUUGAGCAGGGUGGAUUUGAUUUAAGUCAAAUGGAUUUAAAUCACUAGUCAGUAAGAAAGAUUCAUUCUUGCUCGUAUGAUCUUAAUAAUGAAGAUUUCAGUUUUGGAAUAAUACAUUUUCAGAGUAGUUUUUACAGUUAUAUCAAAAAUUGCUAAUUUGGUUAUACUAUUAGAAAUACAUAGACAGAUAAUUAUGAAACUAUUGUGAGGUUUAAUAAGUUAACUGUUUAUAUUUGGACAGCUUUCCUGCUGUACUUUAUUGGAAGGAGAAAAAUAAUCAUUUCCUUAAUAACAAUUUAAACGAUUUGUUUAACUAAAACAAUAACAUUAUAGCAUAUGUAUCCAUGUUUGUUAACUGAUGUGGUUGAACGAUUUUUUUUUAAAAACACACACCUUAGACUGAGUUUUAGCACAUAUGAAAAACUUAAAUCAAAUUCUUAUUUCCUGAUGAAUAGCCUUUGGACUAUAAUGUAACUUAAAUAGAAAGCUAUCUUUAGAAAGAUUUUUCCUCCAAAAGCAUUUUAUUUUAAAAAUUCCGAUUUACAUCAAAAAAAUCUGAUUUAAAUAAAAAAAAUCAAUUUUUUGAUUUUUUUAUUUUAAAAAAUCAUUGAUUUUUAUCCACCCUGAUUUUGAGUUUAAGGGGCAUGAACUUCACUUUGGAUAUUUUCUAGGAUGCAGUUAACCAACCUGUUUAGUCAGAAUGACAGAGCGCAACUUUUAAGUUUAAGAUAGUUUUUACAUUAAAGCACCAAGAAGUCUGAUUAUGGAUUUCCUAUGUCAUUGUUUUGCCCCAGAAAUUGUAGUUGCUCCCUUGUGUGAGGUUUUUCAAAUGGAAUGUAACAUCAGAGAAUGAGGGAGAGCCUCGUGUUUAGUGAAUUUGUGUUCCCGAUGGGGCGAGGCAUUUUCUUUUAAAGCAUGGCAAGGAUUAAAGAGGUCCUAUGUGUCAUCAGCCAUUCUGCUCAAAGUGCUUAAAAACAGAUAAAGCCAAACACCCCCUCCCAAGCAGUGGACCAGAAAGGAAGCCAGGUGGCCGUGUCCACCCUGUCUAGACUUAAGCCCGUCACAGACGCAGUUGUCGCCAUGAGCCAUUACAGGAUUAUUUGGGGAAUAAUGCCAGCUCUGGCAAUCCCAGGGAAAAGCAAGCAGCUGUUACUGGGCCAGCAGGUGUGAGAGAUCAGGGCUUUUGUCCCUGCACUAGAUGCAGGGAAAGCUGUCGCUUUUCCAAGACUCUGCGGGCCUUCUCAUGCCUGCAGUUGCUUUGCUUUCUCUAAAUCACGUUGCAUACAGCCAGGCGGGUGGCAAAGGAGCAAGAGCUGCAGGGCUCAUUUUGGUCCCACAUCCCAUGUGGCUUUUGUAAACUCAGUUCAAAAGCCCAUCCAUCUCCCGCUCUUGGAAACCAUCGAUUGUAGUGCUCAUUAGGGUUGCAUCGAUUUUCUUCCAGAUUGAUUUUGAACACUGUCUUCAGUAUACAAACACACACACACAUCCUUUAAAUCAGCUUAGAUCAGGUGUUGGCAAGGUUUGCCUUGCCUGGGCUGGUUCACUCCAGCGGAGAUCCCUCUGUGGGCCGGAUUGUGCACGCACAUGAGCGUGCGCAGCCGUGAUUUAUGGCGUCUGCGUCUGUGCAGAAACGAUUUCCAGUGUCUGCAUCUGCUCAGAUGUGAUUUCCGACACCAUGGAAGCGAGUCCCCAUGUUGCACUGCACCGGUUUAGCACUGCGUGUGGGGACUCGCCGAGCAGGCGGCUUGGUUUGGGGGCGGCUCGUGAGCCGGUUAAACGACCCCCAUGGGCCGCUUGUGGCCCAUGGGCCUUAGGUUGCCUACCCCUGGCUUAGAUCAGCUUCCGAAACCCAGGAUAUCCCGGCACAGUUCGUGUUGCCUCUUGGCAUCCUGCCCUCUCAUUUGUCCAGACAGUUUUCUGUGCUUUCUGGCUAGUGGUGGUAACUUGUGCUAGCUGCACUGUAGCCAGCAUCAAUGAAUCCCCGCAUGUCCUUGCUUCCUCCUUCAGAAUGAUGUCACUGCCCAUAUAUGUGUGUGCGUGUAAUGGCUACUAUAUGUGGUUUCCCUGCUCUAAGGGGCAUGGAGUGGUGGGUGCAUCAAGAAUCAUGGCUGGAUGUUUCAAGGCACAUUUCAGUCCCUCUCAUGAUGACAAACAGUUUGAAAAUAGCUGUUCUUCAAUGAACCCCAUCAGCUGUUCUGCGGUUCAGCAAAACAUGGACUUCCUCUGCUGUCUUUGAAUGAACUGAUCAUUUGAGGUCAUUUGGCGUCACUUAAUUCUGUCUCUUCCAUGCUCUAGCAACCACAUUCCUCAUUUUAAAUUGGAACAGACGCUCCUCUGUUCGUUUUUUAAGUAUGUUUUUUCACCUCUAUCUGCAAUAGUAUUUGGUAAGUGUGGCGAGAUGGUCAAGAGGUUAAUAUUUAAGUCUAUCCUCUGUCGUACAAGUUGUUUUCCACGUGAUUAUUUCUUUUUUCUUCCUUGUUUCUUGGCUUGCUGUCUGUUGCAAGCGCCAGUGACCUUUAAAACCUUUUUGCACAGAAUUUGCUUGUGAAAGGCAGCAUUGAGAGAGAGAUUGAAGCAUGCCCCAUGUGUGCUGGGCCAGAGUUAAUAGUUCCCUUAUAGCCUCUUCAGGGCUACUUUUGGCUCAUGUAAUGAGGCCAUCCUGCAGGAAUGCACUUAAAAACUUUCUGAGUCUUGAUCUUCAACAGCUUUCAACACAGGAAAAAUUCCCGAACACAACCAAUCCUGAAACGCAAAAGAUGUUUUUAAAGCUGUAGAGGAUUCUGGAUGGGCUUGAUUUCUCAGGGCAUUGGCUUCAUUUUUUAGGCAGUCUCUCAGGAAAUGCUUUCAGCAGUAUAGCUGAGAAGGAACCUCUGCACAUCAACCAUUGAAUCCCUUCAUGUUGCAAAGGGUUCUUGGGCAUGUUCUAACCUCUAAGGCUCUUGGUUCUUACCAUUACCCUUUAUGAACUGGGUGUGUCAUAGAACAUCCCAAGGCUCACCCCAUGGGUUGCAGUUACAGGAGAUACCAUAUUUUUCACUCUAUAGGACACACUUUUUCCCCUCCCAAAAUUAAGGGGAAAUGUGUGUGUGUCCUGUGGAGCGAAUGCAGGCUCCUUGGCUUCAGUGAUAUCAAUGUGAAGCCUCCAAAGCACAGAGGGAGCGCUCCCUCCGCAUUCCGGAGGCUACACGUUGCUUUCGCUGAAGCCUGGAGAGCGAGGGGUCGGUGAGCACUGACCCCUCUCGCUCUCCAGGCUUCAGGGAUAGCCGCCUGAAGCCUUUGGAGCGCAGCGGGACCUUGCACUGCGCUCCAAAGGCUUUGGGUUCCUUUUAUGAGAGCCGGGAGACCUGGCUUCAGGGAUAGCCGCCUGAAGCCUUUGGAGUGCAGCGGGACCUCGCGCUGCGCUCCAAAGGCUUCAGGCAGCUAUCCCUGAAGGCUUUGGAGCGCAGCGGGAACUCACGCUGCGCUCCAAAGGCUUCGCAACCUUGCCGCCGCUCCCGGACCUGUUUUGGGUGCUGGCAGGCUUCCCCCGCCCCAGCCCCCUGGCUAAAAACGAAGCCAAGACAUCCCGCUGGCUGUCUAGUCUUUUGCCAAAGCCGCGCGCAACCUCUCCAGCCAGGAGAGGUUGCACGCGGCUAAAAACGAAGCCAAGACAGCAAGCAGGCUGGAUCUCGCUUGCUCCCGGCUGGAGAGGUUGCGCGCGGCUGAAGAGGAAGCCAAGACAGCGAGCGGGAUGGAUCCCGUUUGCUGUCUUGGCUUCUUUGCUCUUUGGGCCUGGGGCGGGGGGGAGAUAAGAUUUUUUCCCUUGAUCCCCCCCCCCUAAAAACUAGGUGCGCCUUAUGGUCCGGUGCGCCUUAUGGAGCGAAAAAUAUGGUAAUCCACAGUAGUGGGUGAGCUAUCUUUCCUUUCGUAGAGAAGCUUGUCCUCACCAGCAAUUACCUUACAAAGAAAGACCUGAUGGGCUUUCAUGGGACAUUCCAGCAUUCCUUAGGGAGGGGCCAUAGCUCAGCAGAAAACCACAUGUUUUGGGCAAAGGUCCCAGGUUCAACUCAUGGCAUCUCCAGCUAAGAAAAAUGAUGGGAUGGGAGAAAUCCCUCCCUGCUUGAGACCCUGGAGAGCUGUCAUCUAUUAGGUUAAAAUGACAAAUGCAGUAGUCUGAACUUGUAAAGCUUUAUAGGAAGCUUAUACAAGGCAGUUUUUAAAGCCACUGCUUCAGAGUACUAUAUCCAGGGCUUUUCUUUUUUUAGAUAGAACUCAAUUCUGACACCUCUCAGGUGGACACCAUUGCCAUUAUUGGCGUGGGUGGCGCUGUGGUCUAAACCACUGAGCCUCUUGUGCUAGCUGAUCAUAAGGUUGGCUGUUUGAAUCCCCGCGACGGGGUGAACUUCCGUUGCUCUGUCCCAGCUCCUGCCAGCCUAGCAGUUCGAAAGCACACAAAAAAGUGCAAGUAGAUAAAUAGGUACCACUGUGGCGGGAAGGGAAACAGCAUUUCCGUGUGCUCUGGCUUCCGUCAUGGUGUUCCGUUGCGCCAGAAGCGCUUUAGUCCUGCUGGCCACAUGACCCGGAAAGCUGUCUGUGGUCAAACGUUGGCUCCCUUGGUCUAAAGCGAGAUGAGCGCUGCAACCCCAUAGUCUCCUUUGAUUGGACUUAACCGUCCAGGGGUCCUUUACCUUUACCCUUACCUAUAGGCGAACAAGGGAGGUGUUCAUUGUGAGUUCCGGCACCCCUUUUUCUAGAAAAAUAGCACUGACUAUACCCCAAAUCCAGAAACUAGCACAGUGAUCAAAAGGGAUGUGGCUCUUUUAAGGCACAUAUUCGCCUCAACAGAACAGAACAGAACAGAAUAUCUAAAUAUCUGCUGCCUAAUUAAAAAAGUUGUAUGUGAGCAGGGCUGGUUGGAGUAGAAACAUGGGUUUGCCCUGGCAUCAAGACAGACUAUAGUAAGGGGUUUCAAUGUCCCAAUGAGUCACAACUUGUCCCCUUUAGCUCUGCUUUCAGGCCUGGUCAGAAUUAAAACUCAGGCCCAGGCAGAGGACACUAGGUAGCCUUCAAAGCUGUCAGCCUGGUGUGCUGAUCUUUGCUUUGUUUUGCUUCAGAAUACAUUGUAUAUUAUUGUUGUUUAAAUCUGAACCUUCUCUGCUUUGUUGCAGCGGCAAGUUGGUUUCACCCAAGUGGAAGAAUUUCAAAGGCCUGAAGCUUCAGUGUAGGGAUAAAAUCCGGCUCAACAACGCCAUCUGGAGGGCUUGGUACAUUCAGUGUAAGUUCUGCCCAUCCUAAAUGUGUUUGGGUGCUUUGGGAAAAUCCACACAUUAGUACGUGGCCAGCCUGGGACUUCUGAUUGUUUAUUACAUAUCAUAUGCCUUGUCCUCUUUCAGGGUGUGCAGGCAAUAUAAGCAGCAAUAUAAAAGCCUCAACAAAGCAAUCUUGUCACACAAAACCAGGAAGAAACAUCCCAUAGCCAAAUCAGGCAGAGGGAGCAACUUCUCUGUUGUGUCAGAUACCAGUUGAAAUCAGAAUCUCAGCCUUUCCUAGGAACCCCAGUAAGGCCAGCGGCAGGCAAGUCUCCCUUUGGAGAAAGCUCCAUGGUUUAGGCUCCACCACUGGAAAGGUUCUGUCACCUCUAACCCCCUCCAUGCUUUAGAGGGCAGGGGGAUGUGGGGCCAAGGCCUGCUCACCCAUUCUUUGUUCCCUAGGAAUUUGCCCGUGGUGAGAACAAGGCCAUCUGCCCCUCCUUUGGUUCCUCUCCUCUCUGUGGAUAGCAUCUCUGUUCUUUUUAUUUUAAUAUUAUUGAAAGUAACCUUGAACAUUUUUAAUUGAAUGGUGAGGUUUCAUUUUAAAAUAAAAUUAAAAGGGAAUGGUUGAACCUGAAAACACCCUAAACAUGAUGUCUCCCUGGUUCAGUUGUUCACUACCGUAGAUUCCGGCGUAUAAGACGACUUUUUAACCCCGGAAAAGAGGUUAAAAAGUCGGGGGUCGUCUUAUACGCCGGGUAUGGCUGCAGUGGGUGGCGGGCUCUGCUCUGCACCGGAAGGAAGCUGCCUGGCGAUGCUAAGCCGGCUUCACUGGGCGGCUUCCUCCCAGCGUGGAGCCCGCCGCCCACUGCCGCUGCCCAACGAAGCUGCCGAAGCGUAUAAGACAACCCCCCAAAUUGGCAGCUGCCAAUUUGGGGGAUUGUCUUAUACGCCCAGUCGCCUAAUACGCCGGAAUCUACAGUACUUCUCCCAGUGAUGUGGGGUCUCUCGUGAUGUCCUUCACUUCUGCCUGUGGUGAGGCGAGACUUGGGAGAGGAAGCAUAUAAGUCUGAGGCCUGCUUCUAGGGACUUAGGAAGCUGCCUUACACCAAGUCAGACCCUUGGUCCAUCUAGCUCUGUAUUGUCUACCUAGACAUGCUGGGGAUCGAACCUAGAAUCUUCUGCAUGCAAAGCAGGUGUUCUACCGCUGAGCUUUGGCCCUUCCCCACUCCUGUCAAUUUCACUUUCUCAUUUUUCCAUCUUAAGUUCAGUUUUUGCUAUUUCUAAAUCAGUUUGCAGUUUUAAAAAAAUUCCCACAAAUCUUCAAGUGCAUAAUCACGUGCAUAUAUCCAGGUAUGUGUGAAUAUUUUUAUGCACAUUUGCCCAACAUGCUGAUUUCUGCACAUUGUUUUCAUUAAUACACAAAUUUUCAUGCAAAUUUUUUCCUAAUACAUUUUUAUUUAUUUAACAGAAUUUAUAUACUGCUUAAUUGUGAAGAAAACCUCUUAAGUCAUCUGCAUAGCAUUUAAAUUAUAUAUUAUAUGCUUUUUUGUAAGCAUUUCUUCAUUGUAAAACGCUAAAGCAAAAUUCAUAGAAUUGCAGAUUUCAAAGGAUAGCUGUGUUUUGGUUUACACAUUGAUUGAGGAAAUGUGAAUUAGGUAAGUGAGUUUCUCCUCCAGCCUUCCUUAUGAUCUCUCUCUGUGUGCAUACAAAAACCAGCCCUUUAUGGAGAAGAUUGGAAGGUUCCCUACUGAAUUUCUGUCGUGUACAGUAGUUGAAUUCUGCUCCUCAUGCCACACUUUGCUUUUUGUUUCUUUCUUAACACUUGUGCAGAAUCUGGCAUGUGCACAUCCCUGGUUCUUUAACAGUGGAAGUCCUGCUCUGUGGCUUACUUAGCAUGGCAGUUAAAUCUGACCUGGCUUGCUCCCCCUAGAGAUGUGCUCUGCUAAUGCUCUGGUUUAUGUUGCAGAUCUGGAGAAGCGGAAGAACCCUGUGUGCCACUUUGUGACUCCCCUGGAUGGUUCUGUGGAGGUAGAUGAGCACCGGCGCCCUGAGGUACAUCAGGCAGAGAAAAAUGUGACUGUGGUACAGCGGAUAUCUCUUCAUGCUGUGGGCUAAUCUCAUUUUAUGCUGCUUUCACCUGAAUUGCCUUUGCUUAUCUGCCCCUUCCUGUCUUUCCAUAGUUCUCUGUUGUGUUUUGACACUGGGGUAGAGAGUGGGGUAAGGAGCACAACAAAUCAGUACAUAAGCAAAUGCACAUAUUUGAAUGUAGGCUUCCUUUCAGUUCUGAAUGGGCAGGUGGGUCCCGCCAUCAGGCAGAGGGUGUGUCAGAUGCUAGAGGCCAGGUGGUGUAGUUUGUUAAGGGUGCUAAGAGUUAUUUUGAGAUCCCUAUUCCCCUUAGAGCUACAAUUCCCACAGUUCCCUGGGGAAAUGGAUUGGUUAUUAAACCUCUUUGGGAAGUGUAACCUUCCCAGAGCUCAAUAAACAAGGAAAACCUGUUGAGUGGGUAGGUGGGAGGGAAAUAAAUGAAGAGUGGGGAAUGGGUUUUUCCCACUCUUUGUUUAUUGAUUCCUCCCUGCCCCCUGUGCCCACAUAAGGUUGCAAUUGCGUGUGUAAUGUGAGUCCAAGUGACGGGCACACUGUACCACUUUUUAAACAUUUUUCUUCCUCAGGCUAUUGCAACAGAAGGGAAGUAUUGGAAACGGCGGAUAGAAGUAGUAAUCCGAGAGUACCACAAGUGGAGAACCUACUUCAAAAAAAGGGUAUGUUUUUUCACACCCAGUUUUCUAUUUGGAAGUAGAUCAGUAUCUUCUCAAUUGCCUCCAGAAAGGAAGGAAAAGUUUCAGCUUACCAAUGAGGGCUUAAGAAUGAAAAGGGUUGGUAAUUCAACUGUAUUAGUAGAAAUAUGCUGGCCCCAGACAAUAAAAUGUUAAUUUUGUACUGAUUUGUGCAUUCUGUUGUCACUCAAAUUGUCCUGGUUCACCUGAAUAGUCCAAGUAUCAUCGAACUGUAGAGUUGGAAGGGACCCCGAGGGUCAUCUAGCCUGCGAUGCAGGAAUCCCAACUGCAUCAUACAUGACAGGUGGUCAUCCAACCUGUGGCAAGAAUUUGCUUCUAUACCACGCUGUUCGUUAACCCAGGUGAGGGAUCUUUUAUAUAAAACAUGCAACCAAGGAAAUGAAUUCAAGUCCAGUAACCAGGAAGAACCCAGAAUUUAUUGUAGCUAUUGCAGUAGGGCAGAGCUCAACUCAACACAGUUGUUCUAUCCAAACGGCCAGUUAAUAAGAAUUAGAACAAGUAGAUAAAUAGGUACCGCUCCGGUGGGAAGGUAAACGGCGUUUCCAUGCGCUGCUCUGGUUCACCAGAAGCAACUUAGUCAUGCUGGCCACAAGACCCGGAAGCUGUACGCCGGCUCCCUCAGCCAAUAAAUCGAGAUGAGCGCCGCAACCCCAGAGUCGGCCACGACCGGACCUAAUGAUCAGGGGUCCCUUUACCUUUUUAUUAUAGGUAAAGCACACAAAGAGAGUCCUAAAACUUCUAAAUAUUCUUAAAACAUAAACAUCCUUCUACAUACAUCAGGAAAGAUUGCAGGUCAUAGGAUGGUAAACAUGCAUGGCUCCAUACUGUGAUCUGCUCCCCCGCAAUUACUGUAUUUUUCUGUGUAUAAGACUAGGUUUCCCCCCUGAAAAAUAAUGUCAAAAAUUAGGGGGAGUCUUAUACACGGAUAGUAGGGGCUUCUUAUACAUCGGGGCAUCUUAUACACGGAAAAAUACAGUACCUUGGGGUGCCCCAGGUGGCCAGGCCUUUUGAGCCUCUAAUGUCACAUUUCUAUCCCUGUUCCCCUGGCAACCAGGUCUUUGUUGAGUUGUUGACAUUGCUUCCUUUAUCUCUCAUCCCUUGCUUCUCCUUUCUCCCAGGAAACUUCAAGGAUAGCUGUUUUUAAACUCCUAACUCAUGCAAACUCAUGAUAGACUUGGAAUAACAUCCUAGAGGGCCACUUUCAGGAUUAGAUAGGGUUUCUUGUUCAUGGCCCAGAUCUCGCUGGAAAUUGGUGCCACUGCCUGAAGCAUUUCUCUGCUGGCAGCCAGGUGAGCAGAGAGCCUGUGGUGGCACAGCCUCUCUUGGGCUUAUGCCUCUCUUUGUGGCUGCCUCACCCUACCUCAUGGGCAGACCAGUUCUGACUGAUAAAAUACUUUGCUUCAAGGCAGUAAGAAUCCCUCACACAAAUAGGAGCUCCAGUUCAUGGUAACUUUAGAACUGUGUUGUAAUUCUGUUGGGGAAAAAAUCUCUUUUUCUUCUUCAGUUGCAGAAACAUAAAGAUGAAGACCUCUCCAGCUUGGUCCGGGUAGGUGUUGAGUUAGCUCUUGUUUUGUUUGUUGUUGGUUAGGCCUGAAAGUAUUUAAAAAGUGAAAUCUCAGCCCUGUUAAGUAGAAGGUAUUCCUCUUCUUAUUUUGCUUAAAAAUUAGGUGUGAAACCAGGGCAGUCUGCAGGUCAGAGGGGAAGUGAGGGGUGCUGUAACCACUAAAAUUCCCUGAAUUGCUACAGUUGAGCACCAUUUUGCAUUCCAAAGUUCUUUAAUGGUCCUAUUGAUUAUUCUAUAGAAAAUCCACUAUGAGUUGGUUUUUUCUUGCUCACAGCUGCAGCUGAGCCAACCAGGAUGCCCAUGACUUAACUGAGAGAUGUGCAUCAAGGUCUCCUUGAAAUAAACCAUAUCCCCAAAGAUUUGCUCAUUUCAGAAUGUGCUCUGUGACUCUCCUCUCAAUUGAGAGAGAAAGGAAAUUGCUGAGUUUUAUGCCUUGUGGCUCCUUGCGAGCUGGGUGCAGCUCCAGACACUCCUGCUUCUUUUAAUGUAUUAUUUUUGUUUUAAAAUGUAUUUUAAAAGAAACUCAAGGUGUCGUACAAUCCAAACCGCAAAGACAGUAAUACAAAACAUGACAGUCCCCACUAAAAUUGCAAAUACUGACAUCCAAACUGGGCCCUGUUUUAACUUUUCCCUCCCUCCCCUGACCAGGAUGAUGACACGUUCCUCUGGCACAAAGAGACAUACGGCAGGGAAACACCAGUCCCUAUGGAACUGGACUGCCUCUUCAGCACAGACAUGCUUAUGUCAGAGCUGCCAGACACCCUCUUCUCCACACUGUCGUCUCACCAGCCGCUCUCUUGGCCAAAUCCCAGAGAGAUAGGUAAGAGAAGCUUGCCCUUUCCUGGAUCAUCUGUGGAGAAGGAAUUCCACAGGAUAGGCUUCCAAGUGCUUCCAAGUUCUUUCCUGUUUUGGUGGGCGUGGGAGCGAGGAAGUACCUUGCAGUCUUACUUCCAAAUGUGCUUCCUAGCAGCCACCAGUAUUGGGAUAGUUUAAAAAAGACUACAGCAUCUUGCUUUGGAACAUUUAAAGGGGUAUCUCCAACUAUACUUUGAAUUACAUCUCUUCUGUAUCUGUGUUUUAUUUUUUCUAGUUUCACAUUUCUUUUUAUUCUCCAUAUCCAUCAUUUUUAUUGUAUUCUGUAUGAGUUUAUGUCAGUAAGCUUUUAAUUAUUUUUUUUUAAGAUUAUCUUCCUUGAUCACAGGCCCACCCAUGUAGGUGUCAGAGGUUAGGGGAAGAACUUCCAGGCAAAUCCCACUCACUUUAGACAUUAAACACUCAUUUCUUUCCAUUCCUUAAGUUGGGGGGGGGGAGGCGCGGAAAGGGGGGAAAUUGGUAGAACCUUGUCUUGAAUCUAGAGGUCAAGGUAGAUUAUUUUCUUUGGAGGAAUAGUUUCUAAUCCAGAGAAUAGUCCUUGGUGAGAGAUUCAGUGAAAGAGCCUCUGCGGGGAGGCACUGUGGUUCCAGGCACCCAGAUGGUGGUCUGAUUCCAUGGAAAGAAAGGCAGCUUUCUUUGUGCCUAGCAAACCGCACCCAUUACUUCCAAUCCGCCCACAAAACACGCAGGCACAGGGGGAGCAUUGGCAGUAUUCUUGGACAUGCUCUCACUUGAUAGGAGGUGGUAGAAAGUGUCCGGAAACCCUCCCAUGCCCUGUGUGAGCUGCUCUACUUUAUGCGGUCUUCCACACACCCUGCCGAAUCUUCAGAAACCCCUUGGGUUUGGGGGACAUAUUAGGUAGUUGUCAGUGGACUGCCGUUGGAACAGGGGAGGGAGCCAGUGGGGUACAGAGAGCCUCCGACGCUUCUGAGGAGCAGCUCCUCGUCCAGCGGUGGGGAAAGCCACACCUCCAGUGGAGCACAGUGGGACGGAGGGAGACAAGCGAAGAUCCUACUGAGAGCCCAAGCGCCUCACCUAGCCUGGCUGGGCAGGAUGCAGAGACGCCGUUUCUGUCGCCCAGCUUACGCAGAGGGGAGAAACAUAAGGAGGGGAGGCGGAGAUUUGGGGUGUCCCAAGUUCUUCUGUUGGGGGAGAAACUGGAAGGGGCCACUCCUGGAAUCUGCAAGUGACUAAGACGGACAUGAACUUUGUGUUUCUGCACUGUAAAUAAUUUGCACCAAAUAAAACCUGCUAAAGACAGGUCGGAGCCCCGCCUGGUUACUCACGAGCAACCACUACCAGCAUCUGACAUUAGUGUAGAAAUUGUUUCCUGAAAAUAGGAAGUUUGAUCAUCACUGCCUCGGAGGGGAAGCGACCAUGUUUUGUACCAUGCUGCCAUCAGUUCCCCAGCUUUUCAGAUCACAGUGUUGCUCUUGUUAUGCAAAUGGGGAGGGUAGCAAUAGGAGACAGAAAACACAGGGAAGUUGGCCUGACUCUGGUGCUGUAUCCCAGGGGGCCCAAACUCCAGGUAUUAGUUGUUGGGCUCCAGAACUCCUGCUCCCCAACCCCCGCCCCCGCACACCUUGCUUUUGGGCAGUUGGGCACACUGGUGCAGUAUUGGCGAUGCCUGUACCACCCUCAACCUCAGUUUCCCAGAGUCUUCCAUACUAAGUGUAUUCAGCACAGUGCCCAGAUGUUGUGGACUACAAUUCCUAUUAUCCCUGGCCAUUGGCCAUGCUGCCUUGGGCUUAUGGGAACUGUAUUCCAAAGCAUUAGAGGGCACCACAGAGAAUCUAGAACAGGGUUAGCUAAACUGGUGCUUUCCUGAUGCUGCAGGACUACAACUCCCAUCAUCCCUGACCAUUGGCCAUGCUGAUUGUGGCUGGCCAGCACCCUGGUCUAGAAGCUCUCCGGUACACCUUCUCACUCUUUUUCUCUUUGAAAUUUUCCAGCACACUUAGGAAAUGCUGACAUGAUUCAGCCAGGACUCAGCCCUCUCCAACCAAACUGUAUGGAUACUUUCGAGUUUUUUCAAGGUAAGAAUUUUGCAGGGGUUACACACUCUUGUUUGCCAGCACAGAUUUCCCCUGGUAUCGUUUAUGAAGCUGAAUAUUGAAAGUAUUAAGCUAUGCUAAAGUUUUGCUGCGUUGUCCUCUGAUAUCUGGAUUUUGGAGUAUCCAGAGUUUGUUCCUAUAAGGCGUAGUUCCUCCAAGAGGAGGUAUGUACUGUUCCACUGGUUUUAGACUGACAGUCAACAUUUGGGUGUGAUUAACAUCACCAGCAACACCACCGUACUGAGAAUAGAGGUGCAUUCCAUUUAGCAUCAUUGCUUCUAUUCAGAGUUUAGGGGGUAUGAACAUUGACCCUUCUGUUUUUUUUUUUUAUAUAAUUUUUUUAUUGAUUUUACAAACAAGUUUUAUACAAUACAGACAAAUAAAAAGACAUACAAACAUGUAUAGUUUCAUAACCUUUUUUCAUAACCCUCUCUUCUCGGACUCCCCAAACCUCCCCUUCCUACAUCCCAAUUUCCAAAAUUAUUUCAGCAAAUUCUAAAUAAUGUUAUCAAAUAUAUUUUUCUUAUUUUUUUUUUCUUCAACUUAAUCUUAUGUCGCUGUAAUCUCCUUUUCUUUCUCCAAACCUCGACAUUUUAACAUUCCUCAAUUUUAUAAUAGUUCUUUAGAUAUAUUUUAAAUUUCUUCCAAUCUUCUUCCACCGUCUCCUCCCCCUGCUCACGGAUUCUGCCAGUCAUCUCAGCCAAUGUCAUAUAGUCUAUAACCUUCAUCUGCCACUCUUCCAAGGUGGGUAGUUCUUCUGUCUUCCAAUACUUUGCGAUGAGUAUUCUUGCUGCUGUCGUAGCAUACAUAAAAAAAGUUCUGUCUUUCUUUGAUACCAAUUGGCCGGCAAUGCCCAAGAGAAAGGCCUCUGGUUUCUUCAGGAAAGUACAUUUAAGUACCUUUUUCAUUUCAUUAUAUAUCAUUUCCCAGAAAGCCUUAAUCUUUGGGCACGUCCACCAAAGGUGAUAAAAAGUACCUUCAGUUUCUUUACACUUCCAACACUUAUUAUCAGGCAAAUGAUAAAUUUUUGCUAGCUUGACUGGAGUCAUGUACCACCUAUAGAUCAUUUUCAUAAUAUUUUCCUUUAUGGCAUUGCAUGCCGUAAAUUUUAUACCGGUGUUCCACAACCAUUCCCAGUCAGCAAACAUAAUGUUAUGACCAAUGUCCUGUGCCCACUUAAUCAUAGCUGAUUUAACUGUUUCAUCUUGUGUAUUCCAUUUCAGCAGCAAAUUAUACAUUUUUGACAAGUUCUUAGUAUUGGGUUCUAACAGUUCAGUUUCUAAUUUUGAUUUCUCCACCUGGAAGCCAAUUUUCCUGUCUUGUUUAUACACCUCCAUUAUUUGAUAAUAAUGGAGCCAAUCUCAGUACUUUGGGUUUCAAUUUCUCAUAGCUCUGUAGUUUCAACUUAUCUCCAUCUUGUUCCAAAAUUUCCCGAUACUUUAGCCAUUCGGCUUCCAUAUUAAGCUUUUUCAACGCCGUAGCUUCCAAAGGUGACAACCAUCUAGGGGUCUUACUUUCCACCAAAUCUUUAUAUCUUAUCCAAACGUUAUAUAAUGCUUUCCUGACAAUAUGAUUUUUAAAGGCCCUAUGCACCUUAAUUUUAUCAUACCAUAAAUAUGCAUGCCAACCAAAUGUAUUGUUAAAACCUUCUAAGUCCAAGAUGUCUGUAUUCUCGAGGAGCAUCCAUUCUUUCAGCCAGCAAAAAGCUGCUGCUUCAUAAUACAGUUUUAAGUCCGGCAGGGCAAACCCCCCUCUUUCUUUUGCAUCCGUCAGUAUUUUAAAUUUUAUUCUGGGCUUUUUGCCCUGCCAGACAAAUUUCGAAAUAUCCUUCUGCCACCUCUUGAAACAGUCUAUCUUAUCUAGAAUUUGUAAUGUUUGGAACAAGAAUAGCAUUCUAGGCAAUACAUUCAUCUUAAUAACUGCAAUUCGGCCUAACAUUGACAAUUUCAAAUUUGACCAUAUUUCUAAAUCUUUUUUAAUUUCCGACCAACAUUUUUCAUAAUUGUCUUUAUACAGGUUCAAAUUCUUAGAUGUCAAAUAAACCCCUAGGUAUUUCACCUUCUUUACCACUGUCAAACCUGUUUCAUUCUGAAACUUCUCCCUCUCCAUGACUGUUAAAUUUUUUUCCAGAACUUUAGUCUUUUGUUUAUUCAAUUUAAAUCCAGCUACUUGGCCAAAUUCUUGCAUUAGCUCCAACACCCUUUUUGUACUAGUGUCUGGCUCUUGUAAAGUAAGUACUAAAUCAUCUGCAAAGGCCCUUAACUUGUAAUGUUUAGCUCCGACCUGUACACCUUUAACCUGCUGGUCAUCUCUAAUCAUAUUUAGCAACACCUCCAGAACAGAAAUAAAAAGUAAUGGGGAAAUAGGGCACCCCUGUCGUGUCCCUUUUUCUAUUUUAAAUUCUUCAGUUAUCACAUUAUUUACAAUCAACUUAGCCUUUUGUUCAGUGUAUAUGGCACCCAUACCAUUCUCGAAUCCUUGACCUACCCCCAUCCCAUGAAGAUUCUUUUUCAUAAAACUCCAAGAAAUAUUGUCAAAGGCUUUCUCCGCAUCUACAAAGAUCAGAACUGCUUUAGUGUUUAUGUUCACCUCUAAUAAUUCCAAAAUGUCUAUUAUGUUCCUCACAUUGUCUGAUAAAUGCCUUUUUGGGAGAAAGCCUGCUUGGUCCUUAUGAAUCUUCUCCAUCAACACUCUUUUCAAUCUUUUUGCCAAAAUGUCUGCAAAAAUUUUGUAAUCCACAUUAAGUAAUGAUAUUGGGCGGUAGUUCUUGAGUUGAUUCUUUUCAAUCUCUGUCUUUGGUAUGAGUGUAAUGAACGCUUCUUUCCACGAUUCUGGGGCCCUUUUCCCCUCUAAGAUCUCAUUACAGACUUCCUUUAAUGGUUGUACCAACCACUCCUUCAAAGCUUUAUAAUAUCUGGAAGUCAGUCCAUCUGGUCCUGGAGAUUUGCCCAGUUGCAUAUUUUGAAUGGCACCCUCUAUCUCUUGAUCUGUUAUUCUCUGAUUUAGAUCCACCUUACUUUGGUGAGAGAUUUUUUGUAGUCCAUACUUUUUAAGAAAUUCUUCUAUAUCCUCUUCCUUCUGUGGAACAUUGACCCUUCUGUAGGCAAAGCAGCAGUACCCUCACUGGGCAAUGGACCUCUCUCUCUAGAUUGGUCUGCACAUGUGGAAGAAUGCUGAAGGGGUAGAAUGGCCCUGUUGUUGUUGUUAUUGUGGUCGUCGUCAUCACCACCUUUACUUGGGUUUUAUUGUUGGAUUGUAAGCCUUUCGAAAGGCAGAGCGAAAGUCUUAAUAAAAAUAUGUAACAGUGGUUAAGCUACUUGGGAUAGCUUGCAUUAAAAGUAGGACAACUAUGUAUUGAAAUAAAUAGAAAUGAAAUAAAAAUAGGUUUUUAGUGUGGAAGGUGCUCUUUUCUUUUUUAUUUCCUGGUGUGUAACAAAGGUUUUCUGUUUAUUUAAAUCCAGCUUGGCAAAGUGCAGCUGUAAAAUGAAUAAGAAUAUCCAGAAGUGAUUGUAAUAUUUGCCUCCCCCCCCAAUCUUUGCCCAGAUCUUUUCUCUUCCAGUCGUCCUAGUUACUUCAAUGCAACCCCCAUCACUCCUACUGCCAGCUCUGCCCUGGAAGACACCUGCAGCCAUUCUUCCCAGGUAAGGAUGGGGAAGAAUUGUUGCUCAGUGGCAGUUAGAGUGUGUGCUUUGCAUGAGGAAAGUUUAGUCUCCCUGCAAGGUAGAUAGGUGCUGACAGCUAGUGAGUAAAUAAUACUGUGUGAGGUAGAUCUCAGUCACCUGACUCAGUAGAAGCAGUUUCCUAAGAAGUCUUCCUAGAGUCAAGGUAGUCUGGUCUUUGAUUUUCAUGUGCAUUCUCGAUGCCUUUGGGCUGUCAGCCGGUCAGCACCACAGCUGGGCAUAUUUAUCUGAACAAAUAUUCCCAGAUGACUUUUAUUUAUUUAUCUGAAUUUAUAAAAUAUCCUUAGGAUAACUCUAAGCAGCAUGGCUUCUAUUAAUUCAGAAUGAGUUGGUGCCCAUUUUGGACUCAUAUAACUAUAGAUCUUACCACAUGAGCUGGUGUGUGUGUGACUCUAGCUGUUUGGUCCUAACUGUGAUCACCUGUGAGUAUGAAAAGUAGGCGCAGAUGAUGAAGCAGGGACAUUUUUGUAACUCAAGUUAGGAGUGUGUGCGUUUUUCUUUCAGGCCACAAGUUACUUGUUACUUACAGUUUUGUUCUGCCCUUCUUCCAUUCCUCCCAUUCUAUCUACACAGCAAUCUUGUGAGGUAGGCUAGGCCAAGAGAUCAAGUGUCCCAGGGUCACCUAACAAGUUUCCAUAUAAAGCAGGGACUUGAACCCAGAUCUCCCCAGUCGAAGGCUAGGUAACUGACGUAAUGCAAAUGGGUGCCCUUUAGGUGUUGCUGGACUACAAGUCCCAUCAUCUUUUACCUUUUGUAAUUCUGAUUAAGGCUGCUGGGAAUUGUAGUCCAACAGCAUCUGAUGGGCAACAGUUUGGCUAUCUCUGCUCUAUUCACUCUAGCAGGCAGGCUGUAAUAACUAACAUGGUUUUAUCUUAAUAGCUAAUAAUGGAGCAGGGAAGAGCAUGUAACUUUAGUAAGAAUUACUUGUGAUGGUGGGUAAUGCCAACAGUGGAGUCCGAUCUGGGUCCUUUUUCUCUCCCCCAAUACUUACCAGUUUAGAAAUAUAGAACAUCCCACUUGGUAUCUGGCCACAUUUAACGUGCCUCUUCCCUCUCUUUUUCAGACAUCCGACCUCUCUUCAGGUUCUUUGCCCAACACGCUUCCCCCAGUGAACCUCAGCGAAGGGCUUGUCACCACCCCAGUUCCUGCCCCUAUCAUUCCCUCUGCAACGGACGUUGGUGCCGACCAGUGCCUUGGCCUGAGGAGUGGGACGGACUCCUUCCUGCAGCCCUCCAACUUCAAUUCUGAACCCCCUCUGAGCAGCCAGCCACAGUUCCUGUCUCCAUUCCCGGCUCUGGUGCCGCUCCUUCAGCCAGGCGUGCUGCCGCAGACGCUGCCGCAGCAGACUGCGCUACCUCUGAAUGCCGGCAUGGCUUCCCAGGGGUCCAUGUUUGCUGCUUCAGAGGUCCCAAAGUUUGGGCUCAAGUCUUCGGUGAUCACUCACACAGCCUCAGCCACUCCGACGCACAAUGUCCCAGCCACCACCUUCAGCCAGAGCCAGGCUGGCCUCCUGGCAACCCAGCAGCCAGGGGGAGGAGUGCCUUGCAGCCUGACCCUCCAGACUGCCGUGGCACAAAGACAGCCUCUGCUGCAGCCACGUCCCACCUUUGCGCUCCCAGUGGCCAGUGGCGGGACGAGAUCCAAGAAGCUGCAAAAGAUCGUGCCUGCUCGAAAGCCGGAAACCGUCUCCUUGGUCUUGAAAGAUGCCUUCAUUGCCCCAGGUGAGUGGUCCUGGAAUGCCUGCCCCCUUGGGUUGGGGCCAGGUGCAGUCAGGCAUCACAAGUGCUACCAGUUUGUCUGCAAACAAGGGUUACGGUGUUUGGGUGCUUGCCAGUCUGUCUGUGUGUGUGUCAGGCACCCUGCAAGUCUGGGGACAAACCUUCAUCCUGAAAAAUAUUCCUCAGAUACUCAGCAUACUGUUUUAGGUGAGUUCAAAAGGGCCUGUGUGGAGACAGUGGGAUGUUUGACUUUUAAAUAGCAGACCUUGGUAAAGAUGAAAAAGUCAUAUAUAGAUAGGUCAGUCAGUUGCCUCCAGGAAUCCCACAAGCAGGCCAUGAAAGGAAGAACCCACUCUUCAGAGGCAUCUCCCUCCCUUCCAUAUCGCAAACUGUUUAUGAAACUCCCCACAAUGUUAUGGGGUGGUAAUCGACUGCUCAGGACACACAAAGCCUCCUUGGCCAUGUGCAACUAGUCACAUGGAACUUUGGCUCCUGUUCCAGGUUUAUAAACUAACAGUGUGGCAUCAGGCGUGGAGAAAAAUAACACUAGGGCAACUACAGUGGUACCUCGGGUUAAAAAAUUAAUUCGUUCUGAGGUUCGUUCUUAACCUGAAACUGUUCUUAACCUGUGGUACCACUUUAGCUAAUGGGGCCUCCCACUGCCGCCACACGAUUUCUGUUCUCAUCCUGAAGCAAAGUUCUUAACCCAAUGUACUAUUUCUGGGUUAGCGGAGUCUGUAACCUGAAGCAUCUGUAACCCGAGGUACCACUGUAAUGCCAAGAGACAGAGUAGUGAGGGCCCUUGAGGGGCAGGGAGGCCACUUUUCUGCUGAGCUGCAGGCAGGAGUGCUAUUGGCGUUGCUGCCACCAGACUCUGCUUGAGGCCUUGAGUAGCUGAGCCCAGCCACUUGGGAUGGGACAUAACCUCCCUCCCCACAAAAAUGCAUUUUGCUGGCUUCUGUGUAAAAUUGUUCAUGAAGAAGGAACAAAGAGUAAACACAAUCAUGCAGGAAGAGUAAAGCAAGUCAUUUUUAAAAAUAAAUAUUUCACAGUCCAAUUUUGUUAUUUUUAUUUAAAUGCCCAAGUUUCAUCAAUUUCUUGCUGUCUUUAUGAAACCUCCUUUUGCCAUAUAGGCGCGGGUGCCUGGUGCCACCAGGCUGGCGUAUGGUAAGGGGCCACAUUAGUUGAACUUGCUCAGGGCAGUGUCCUCCAGCUGGCUCCGCAGAGGCCUUUCUCUGCCCUUGUUCAUAACUGCAGCUGGCAGGCAUUGAAAAUGGGACAGGGGCUUUACUGCUGAGCCUCUCCGGGGGUCUCCACCAGCUCCUGGGUGCCACUGCUGGCCUCCUUGUUAUUCAAGAGCUCUGGGCAAGCAACUCUCCCAGUCUGUGACUCGUUUCCUCCUCUUGUAACAUGAGGCUACUGACCUGCUUCUGAUACAUUCCAAAGCUUAAUUAUUUAAUGGGCCUGAAAGCCUGAACUGAACAGAAAGAGAUAAUUUUUAAGAUCUCAGCUUUCUCCACAGGAUGGUGCCAGCUAAUCAGCUGGAGCUGUUCUUCUCUUUUUGUAAUUUUGACAUUACUUGUAUUAUUUUAAAAGACUGUUUUGGAUAAUUGACAAUAACAGAGAUUUCACAAUGUUAAAGUGCAUACUUUAAAGCAGUAGAUAAGUAAGACUGAUGUAUCGGUUCAAACACUCAUUUGCUGUUUUGUUUUUCAUGUAGAGUGUCACAGCAAAUAUCCUAGAGAAGUGUGAUGGUUUUGAUACUUCAGUAAUGGCUUUAGUUUCCAAAAGGGUGCAUUCGGGGAUAGAUGCGUUGUGUUGGGAUUUCCAUAGAGCACCAUUGUGGCAAAAUGGCAAACCUACCUCAUGUUCUUAGUCUGUAGUCCCUGUGCCUCACAUAAAUAAAUACUUAAACCUGUGUUCAGAUCUUGCAGUCAGGAAUAGGUACAAUCAGGAACCAGAGCUUCCCUCCUGCCCUGCUGUGGGUUGAGCUCUCCUUUCACACACACACACUCCUUUACUUGUCUAAAUUACACACAUAGGCCCCAAAUACCUGAAAGACCAACUCUCUCCUUUAAAACAUUCUCAGGUGUUAAGAUCAGCAGAGGGAAAUCCUCUUGGUAGUUCUACCACCCUCAGAAGUUCAUGCAAGCAGCCCAUAAGAGGGCACUCCCUGUGGCAGCUCCUUGGUUAUACUGUAUAGUUUCUGAUGUGUGCUGAAGAUGCUCCUCUUUGUUAUUGAUUUGUUUGUUAAUUAAUUUCCCACCCUUUCUCCCAAAAAAGCCCAGGGUAGCAAGUGACAAACAUACUAAAACCAGUACAGAUGCAGACUGGGGAAAAUUUCAACUUAAAAGGCUUGUUGGAAGAUGAAAGUCUACACUAGGCACCAAAAAGACAACCGAGACUGUGUUGGUCUAAUAUUCCAAGCGAGGGAAUUCCUGACAUCUGCAGGAGGCCUUCACCUGCAGAAUGCAGUGAUUGAUUGGGUAUAUAAGGGGUGAGAUAGUCUUUACCCUGGCCUUUGACAACUGAGUGUGUUUUUAAGACCCACCCUGUUCCUGUGACACUAAUUUAAUCAACCGUGUCAUAAUUAUCUGUCUCCAGCAUUUCAUUUCCUGUUUCUUUAUAUCUGUUUCCUCAUGCUCUAGACUUGUGCCAUUUCUCCUCAUUAAAUAGCUGGAACUUUUAAAAAAUCUGCCAUUCUUUUAAAAAAUACCACUGAGGUGGUAGUUUGUGAUUGUCACAGAAUCUAGUCAAUCAGCGCCUUGCACUAGGAGCCAGAGCUGAAUCCUGGCCAAGGGCAGACGUGCGCAGCCAACUGCUAGUCUGCUAGAAAUGGAAAUAACCAUUUGCUCCUGAGCUCAGUUCUUAAGGUUGUACAGGUGUGACCAAAAAAUGAUGAGUGCUGACCCACAUCGGGGUUACUACUCACACUAUGUCUAUAUACACUUGAACUGGAUUGGACCACAUGUGUCACAAAAUGAACUGGCUCAUAUAUCCAGUGUACCAUGCCAGGCCAUGGACUGUAAUCCAGUUAUUUGCACUUCCAUCUCUCCAUGUUCUGAAGGGCAGUGCAGAGCACAGGAGGCAAAAAUCAUUGGGUUAGAUCGAUACUUCCUCGUGGAGUAGGUGGACUAUUAGAGUAGGUGGAAUAUAGUCUCAUUGAUUUCAACAGGUCUGUUCUAAUUCCACAACCACAAAUUUUCACUAUUAGCCAGGGAUAAGCUUAUGUGUGGACAUGUUGAAAACAUAAGAAUAAUGUCAUACUUAAAAUGGUGCGUUUUAAAUGCUGGAUGGAAACGCCCAAUGUGGCUCCAUCAAAGGAUGCUCCUUCCCUAGGUUGUGGUUCUCUUGUUCUUCCUCUCCUGGUUCCUCCUUCUGCUGUGUUUUUCAGCUGCCUUUCAGGGACAGUCCAGAGCUGUGAUUGUAACUCCAGCGCCAUUGAAAAGAGAAGGGGUUUGGUCCCCAAGGAUGUCUCAGCCCAAUGUUGUAAUUGCACCUUCUGGAAUGGCCAGAGUAAGAAGCACAAUGUCUGUCUUGGGGCAGGGAAUGGGGGAAGGCAGGGCAUCUGGUGCUGGGAGGUGCCAACCUACAAGACAUGCCUUGCGUUUUUCUCUCUGCAUUUUGUUCCCAGGCACCCAGAGCAACAGAAUUCCACAGCGGUAUUCUGCUCAGCAGCCCAGGCCAGCAGGCUCCAAGCCCCCAGCCAGUCCAAGCUGCUGUUCCGCAUCUUUUUUCUUCCAGUGCAAUCCAGGAAGUGCUGGUGAAAGGCGAGCAGGCCCCUUCCCACAAGACCUGCUCACAGGUCCCCUCGCCUUCACCCAGUAAGUUGAAGAAAUGCAAAUCCUGGAAUGGAAGCAUCCCUUGCUGCAUUCAAAUGUGCAUCAAGAGGAUUUGGGCAUGGGCAUCUGCAAAGAUUCAGAGGGCGCUUGAUCAGCUCCAGGGAAACUUGAGGGCCUGCUCUGCAGCCUCUGUUUUCAGCACUGGACUCUUCCUGCCGCAAUGCUCUGUUUAACUCAUGAGUGCCCCAUAACAGACGGAGAGAGGCCCUCAAGCCACAGUGUGUGGUGGGGAGCUUUGCUCCUCAAGGUGUGUCCAUCUGUUGAAAUGGUUCUUCUGCAGGCACUGAUCUGAAAAGUAUGAAGUGAUUGAUAUCCCACAAGGCAAUUGCAGAAAUCAGCUUACAAAUGAUGGGUGGAAAGAGUUACAUAUUUGUGUAUUUAUUUAAAACAUUCUGAAAUAAAUACUGCCCAUUACAUUACAUAGUAGAGUGCAUGGCCAUGUAUUAAAACUGCUGCUGGAAUUGGUGUGAUGGAAUUUUUAUUCUAUAUUGAAUUUAGAUUAUGGUCUAGUCUUAUUUUGGUUGGACUGUUUUUUCUAAAUUGUUUUAAAACAUGUAAUCCACCCCAGGAAAAACUGAUGAAGGGUGGAUUUAAAAGGUCCUUAAAAUACAGUGGUACCUCAGGAUGCAAACAGGAUCCGUUCCAGAGCCCCGUUCUCAUCCUGAACAGAAUGUAAGACACGACUGCGCGGGUGCGCAGGUCGCGUUUCGCCACUUCCGCGCAUGCGCGUGACGUCAUUUUGACCAUCUGCGCAUGCAUGAGCGGCGAAACCUGGAAGUAACGCACUCCAUUACUUCCAGGUCGCCACGGAGUGCAACCGGAAAUACUUAUCCUGAAGCGUAUUUAUUCCGAGGUAUGACUGUAAUAGAUAAAUAGAUAAAGAAAACAAAUGACCAUAACACGAAAACACUUUAAAAUAGACUAAACUUUGGCUAAAUUGGCAAAAUCUUUAAAAAUAUCUAGAUAAGCUGAAAUGUUUUGACUGGUGCCUGAAUGGUAGUGUCAGUGCCCAGCUAACCAAACUGGGGAAGUGCUGUGAAGCGGCUCUUGGUGAUAUCAGUGUCUGGAUAAGUGUAUAAAUCGUUAGGCAGGCCAGAUCUCCCUCUCACACGUUUUCAUUCUGACUGCUAGGACCAUCCCAGACACAGCAGUCAUUACUGUAUGAAACUGCCUUAUGCCAGGCAUUGUCUGCUGUUCUGAUUGGUAGCAGCCUUACACAGGAUUUUGGACAGAGAGCAACCUUUCCCAGAGAUUCCUUUGCUUGGAGACUGCAGGGACAGAACAUAGAACUUUUCUGUGUGAACAGCAUGUACUUUGUUGAACUUUGGUUUGUCUCUUGAGUUCUAGUAGGAUACUAUGUGCGUGCAAGCAUGUGUACAUGCCCAGUAUUCUAAAGGAGCAUGCUUGCCAGGACUGGGGUCUCAGGACAACAGAGAAUGGGGAGUAGAGGAAAGGAGCUGUUGUAGCUCACAGGCUGCCUACUGGUGAAUAAAAAUAAAGUGACAUGGCUGCUGUAGAACAAGAGGCUUUCAAGCUUUCUGUCUUAGGGAAACUCUGCCGCAUCAUUUAUCCCCUGUGCAUCCACUUUGGGCUCCUGAAAAAUGACAGAGGAUUCUUGGACAUGUUCUCAGGCUCAUGUUCAUUCAGUGCAAGCUUAGUGAACUCUCCCCCUGCUCUGAGUCAGCUAAGAUUGUGCCUAGAUCACACCCAGCAGUCACUCGUUGCCUUUUUAUUGUUUUUAUUAAAGAUUUUCUUGAGGUUCAAAAGUACAUCAUCUCUGUUUUCAGAUCACAAAGUCCUUUCUACAGAUUAGUUAUAUUCAGUGCGAGACAUUGAUGUUGUGGACAGUUUAAGGUUGGGGGAGAAGAGAGGUGGGGAGGGAGAGUUGUGCACUGGCAGAGGAAAGGACCGUUAUUGUGUCCUUUUUAGAGGAAACUUGUUCAUUAUUACUGACACAGAGGAAAAAAUAAUGAAGACAUUCCAAGGAUCCCCAGAUUGGCCUGGUUCACACAUAAUGCAAGAGCAUGGUUUAUCAGACUGGCUUAGCAUAAUGUGUGAACCCAGCCCAGGUUAAAGGUUGCUCAUUAACCAAGGUUUGUAGUUGGUUCGUAAACCUUAAUUAAUGUUGUAGGAUUAUGUGAGAAUGUGGUCCUUCUUCUUAACUCUGGUUAGAGUCUUCACCAACACAAAAGCUACAGAGUAAAGAGCAGCAGCAAAUUCAAACCACUCUCAAGAGCUGGCUGGUGUUUUUAACUGCGAUGUAAUAAACCAAGGAUUAAGCGUUUGUCUACCAGGUACCUCAUCUGAAACUAGGGUUAACAUUAUCUUCACUUUAGCAUUAUGUCUGAACCAGACCAUUGCAUUGAAAUUGUAUUUUAGUGCUUCUGCUCCUUUAGUUGAUUGCACUUGCAUCUGUAUAUUUUGUGUUACGGUUUUAUUCCUUGUCCACCUUGAGAGGGCUUUUGCUUUGAAAGGUGGUAUAAAAAUAUUUUAAACAAAAUAGAUUUUUUUUUUAAAAAAAAUGCUCUUCAGAGUAUCAAUCAAAUCCCUAGAGAGGUUGCUGCUUGAUCAUUUAAUCUGUUAUCAGGAAUUCCCUUGGACUGAUUGUGGGUUGUCUCCCCCCCUCUCUUUCAAAGGCCGAGAAUGUCAGGCCUCGCCAUGCCCUUCGGACCUCAGUGCCAGCCCUCAGUCCCCACAGAACAGCUGCUCAGGGAAAACUGCAACUGAUCCUCAGAUGACUGCUUUUAAGGUUGGUGGUUUGGCCUUUUGUGGUUCCUUUAUUCACCCAUCACAGCAUUAAUGGCCUGGAGGAAUCCACUGUUCUGCAUGUGAUAGCCUGGGAUAGGUUGAAGGUUGGUUGCUUAUAUAGUAAUAGGAUUAUUUUACAAAGAAUGAGGGCAGGUCAUUGCCUCAAGGAGCUUACAGUAUAGAAAUAAAAGUACCGUGGUACCUCGGGUUAAGUACUUAAUUCCUUCCGGAGGUCCGUUCUUAACCUGAAACUGUUCUUAACCUGAAGCACCACUUUAGCUAAUGGGGCCUCCUGCUGCCGCCGGAGCACAAUUUCUGUUCUCAUCCUGAAGCAAAGUUUGUAACCCGAGGUACUGUUUCUGGGUUAGUGGAGUCUGUAACCUGAAGCAUAUGUAACCUGAAGUGUAUGUAACCCGAGGUACCACUGUACAAUGAAGAUUGCAGAGGAAGUGGAGGGAAAGGUUUAUUUUUCUUACACAUCCCUGGUCUUAUUUACAUUAAGGCAGCCUUUGCCAACCUGGUGCCCUCCAGUUGUUUUGAACUGCAGCUCCCAUCAGUGCCAUCCAGCACAGUCUAAGGGGUGCUGUAGUGCAAAAGAUCUGGAGGGCACCAGGUUGGCAAAGGCUGCCUUAAGCCAAAAGGGUGACAGGGCUGCUUUGGAGUCUUCUCCCUGGUUGUCAUUGAGUCCAGCGAAUUCUGAACCUUCCUAACCAACCUUUUUCUGUGGCCUGGCUGCUCCUUGGCUUGUUCACAGCUGCUGGUCUCUGGUCUUUUAUUAACCUUGUUGUGCCAAGAAGUUGGCGUUGGCACUGGGAAGGGGCCCUUUCUGGCAUUGUGGCAAAGCUCCGCUGUAGAGGUUGAUGGUGAGAGUAAGGCAGCAUCUAUGGAAGCAACUAAAAGAGCCACAUUUCUACUUGGUACAGAGUCGCAGGAUGAAGCAUAUUUCAGCAGAACAGAAGCGAAGGUUCAAUAUCAAGAUCGGCUUUAGCACCCUGAACAGCUUGGUGUCAGCAAACUCUAAAUCGGUAAGCUGUGUGCUGGGAUCCUCCAUCUCCUGCUCCAUCUCUCUCACCUACUACUGCUGGCAGCAUCCACCAAAUCGUGAAGUUCUGUAUAAACGUAUACAGUCUGGCAACCUGUAUAAAUUCAGCAAAUGUGCAUCAUUUGGGAUGGGAGUGAUUUUUGUCUUCACAUGUUCUUCCAGUUAAUUAAUGUAAUUUAUUUUGGUUUGGCUAGUCACAAGAGCAGGAGCUGUUCAGGCAACUGGAGCCCUGCCCUAACCACUUGGUUAUCUGAUUCUGGCUCACUCCUUUAGCUUCUGUGAUUUGAACAGCCAUGGCCUACACACUUUGAAUCAUAUAUUUACAUCUGUGAGGGCUAGAAGCUUGUUUUGUAUUGCUAAUGAAAACUGUUGAUAAAAGUACUUCUUCACACAGCAUAGAGUUAAAUUGUGGAGCUCUCUCCCACUGGAGACUGUGGUUGCUGACAACAAGGAUAGCUUUAAAAGAGGAUUCAACAGAUUCAUGGAGAAUGCUUUCAAUGGCUUCUGGCCAUUACGGCUGUGCUCUGCCUUCACGGUUGCCCUACCAGUUGCUGGAAACUGGGGUGUGGGGGAGAGUUUUUUUGUUCCGCUAGAGGGUCUCCCACAGGCAUCUGGUUGGCGACUGAGAACAGGUUGCUAGACUAGAACGGGACGCAGGUGGCGCUGUGGUCUAAACCACAGAGCCUAGGGCUUUCUGAUCAGAAGGUCAGCGGUUUGAAUCCCCGCGAUGGGGUGAGCUCCCAUUGCUUGGUCCCUGCUCCUGCCCACCUUGCAGUUCGAAAGCACGUCAAAGUGCAAGUAGAUAAAUAGGUACCGCUCCGGUGGGAAGGUAAACGGCAUUUCCGUGCACUGCUCUGGUUUCGCCAGAAGCGGCUUAAUCAUGCUGGCCACAUGACCCGGAAGCUGUACGCCGGCUCCCUCGGCCAGUAAAGCGAGAUGAGUGCUGCAACCCCAGAGUCGGCCACGACUGGACCUAACGGUCAGGGGUACCUUUACCUUGAGGGUACCAUCUGGUUGGCGACUGAGAACAGGUUGCUAGACUAGAUGGGCUAUUGGCUUGAUCCAGCAGGCUUUUCUUACAUGCUUCUGAGGAUGCUGAAAUCUGCUCCCAUUUCUACAUGCUUCAAGUUUCCUGCACUCCCACAGAAUCAUGGCAUAGAAAUGGCUGUGUGUGCGUGUGUGUGUGCGCACACACAAAUGGACAUUCACCAGUGAUUUCUCAUCCUCCUUCCUUUUCCUUGAACUUUUGUAGGCACGUAGCCUUAGGGCACAGUAAACAUAGUUCUCUCCCCACCCCUUUAUCCACAAAACAACCCUGUGAGGUUUAAGCCAGGCCGAGAGGGCAACUGACGGACUGACUCAAGGUUAGGCAGCUGCCUGGUUGAGUGCAGGUUUGAACUGACACUCUGCCCUCCUCACUGCAUUGAGACUCAAGUUUGCUGAGCUCACUCACAAUGAGCGCCUUUUUGUAUCUGUUGCAGAUCAGCCAUGCCCUCACACUCCAGAAGACGGUGGAAUAUAUCGCGAAGCUUCAACAGGAGAGAUCCCAGAUGCAAGAAGAAGCCAAGCGCCUCCGGGAAGAGAUUGAGGAUCUGAAUGCUGCCAUCAUGUGAGGGUUGAAAGCCAUACGGGCUCUCUCUUUCCCUUUCUAACAGAGACAGGGGACCAUUCCCAUCAGGGCCAGUAUAGGCACGAAAGGCAUGUCAGAAUAAUACUAAACGAGGGAUUCAGGAAGUGAAUUCCCACAGCUGUGUUUCCGCAGAAACUUAAUUGGUCCCAGUGCACACCCCAGUAAAUGCUGCCUGGUACACAAGCAUGGACUGAGUGUUAGGGGUAGCAGCACUUUCUUCUGUCUUCAAGUAAUACCACCUGCUGGGUCAACCCGAAAGCCUUUUCUCUGUCGCAGCAACUGUUUCCAGCUGCAUUGGCCUUCCCAGCCUGGUGCCUGCUCUUCCACCCACCUCCAGGUUGGUGAGGUGGGUGUCCACGAGGGAGGGGUCCUUCUCCGAGGGCCUCAUGGCUAUGGAACUCCCUCCCAUCUUUUUCAACAGACCUUGCAGGGGUGGUGUUUGUUAACUGGGCAACUGUCUGGCUCAAUUAAUGUUCUCUCCAGUUCUGUAAUUUUAUGUCAAGGGUUCUACAUUUUGUCCGAUUUUUAUCUUUUCGUUUGUCUUUAAGCCACUUUGGAUGGGCAUUUGCCCAGAAAGGAUCCUGAAAAUGUUUUCAAACAAAUGAAUAAAGCUACUGAAAAUCACCACAAUACUACUACUACUACUACUACUACUACUACUACUACUAAUUUUUAUUUAUACCCCGCCCUUCUGGCUGGGUUGUCCCAGCAACAAUACUCAGACAGAACAAAGCAAUCUCUUGCUAUUUAGUCCUAACUGAUCUUUGGUUUUAUAUUUUUCUUUCAAUUGGUGCUUCCAGGUGGGGACUUAACUAUCACAAAUGGGUCAUUGGCUGCAGACCUUUUACGCCUAUUGAAUUUUUUAUGGAAAGAAUAAGUUUAGAUUAAGGGAAUGAGGGAAUAUGGGCUGGCAGUGUUGUGUGAGCACUGCAGAAAAACUUGUGUGCGUGAGCAGCACAGACCCCGCAAUAAACACCAGCCUGGAAGCCCCCAGACUUAACAGUGGAGGGAAGCGUUUCAUAGUUUUCUCUUUUUAUUCUUCAGUUCUUGUCAGCAGCAGCUCCCUGCUACGGGUGUUCCCAUCACACGGCACAGGUUUGAUCAGAUGCGGAGCAUGUUUGAGGAGUACGUCAGGAGCAGGACCCUGCAGAAUUGGAAGUUCUGGAUCGUAUCCUUUUCCCAUGCAUGCAAAUGAGCGCCUGCCGUUGUUGGUCUGACCCUGAUCUCAGUUCACUGAUCUCAGCACUAUCUACUCAGACAGGCAGCUCCUAAAGGCUUCAACUGCAGCCGCUGGGACCUGGGCCCUUCUGCAUGCCAAGCAUGUGAUCUGCUACUGAAUUAAGAGCAGAAUCUCAGCAUGACAUAAGAGCCCUUAGAACUGCGUUGUUGCAGCAAGCCAAGGGCCAUUGAGCUUCCAGGGCAGCCAGCUGUUGGCACCCACAUCUUGUGCAUAGUUAGCGAUAAAGGCCACUUGCUUCAGGAUGCAGAUUUACAGCUUAACUUUAGCAGUCAAGGCAUGCCACUAGAUUGUCCCUUAAAUCCACCCAAGCCUAAGGGUCAUGUGAGCCUGCCUUCUGCCUUGCCAGCAUUCCUACUUUCAAAAGUGACUUAUAGGUUGCUGGGGUUCUUUUUAAUGGAAACGGCAGUAGGCUGGUAUCUUUCGCAGCAAGGGGUCACCCAUCCUGAAAAUGAAAGCAACAUGUCAUCCAGAAACUACACUGGCAAGCAGGAUGUGUUGCGCUCUCUAGGUUUUGAACUCCCUUAAAAGCCCAAGAGGAUUUUGUUGAGUCGGUGGGAGAGACAACUCAUCGGAAGCCUUGAUGCUUUGACAUAGUGGAGAGAUGGGAGGAGAUUCUCCAGGCUUCAGUUUAAGAUUAUAACUUCUCAUUUCCUGUGAUGUAUAUCAGACAGGAAGGCUCUGGCAGGAAGGGAGCUUUUUUCUUUUCUUUCUAUUUCAAGACCUUUUCUUUUCUUUCUAUUUCAAGACCUUGUUUGUGUCUGAGCCUUGAACAUAGCUACGUACAGGACUGGCCUGAAACUAAUAUUGCUGUCCCCAGUUGCUGCUUCUUGACUUACAGCUUCCCAAGCAGCUCCUGCUUCUACCAGUUAGAUUGGUCCAGCCACAGCUGCAGAGACAUCAGCAUCAAACAUGGCUAGAAUGUUAACUGAUGGGUAAUCUCCUUAUUUAUUUGCUUAGAGCAGACAUGGCCAAACUUGGCCCUCCAGAUGUUUUGGGACUACAACUCCCAUCAUCUCUAGCUAACAGGACCAGUGGUCAGGGAUGAUGGGAAUUGUAGUUCCAAAACAUCUGGAGGGCCAAGUUCGGCCAUGCCUUGCUUAGAGCAUUUGUUGAUUGCCCAGUCAACAGAGUCCUAUGGGUGGUUUGUACCAGGUUCAAAAAUGCUAAAAGUACGAACGUUAAAACAUAAAUUGAAAUGAGCAGUUCAAUUUCCUGCCCCCAGAUCAGCACAAGGUAUCAAUUACAGAGUUUAAAGUCCAGUAGAAACAAUCCAUUCUGCGGACAAAUAGCAUAGUUCUAAAAGGCCUGGGAGAAUAAAAGGGUGUUUGCCUCGUAUCCAAAAGCUCUUGCUGUAAGCAUCAGCCAAGCCUCGUUGUGUUGUGUUUCCCAUAUUGGGGGUGCCCCACUACAAAGUAGUGGACUGUGCAAGAAGUGCCAUACAGGGUUGGACCAUCAGCCCGGCAUCCCAUUUUGGCAGGAGGCAGCGAACUCUUCACUUCAUUCAGGCACUGACCCUGCCAGCCUUCCCCCCUGGCUUGUCCCCUGUGCCUGGUGCUCUGAAUUAUCAGGCCUCUGAGCAUCCAGGUUCCAUUCAGCUGGCCUGUGGCUUUUAUUCGCUGUUGACUGAUCUGCCCAUCACCUUGCUCAACCCCAUUAAAAAGCCACCAGUAGCUGACAGCGCAUCUGAUAGCCGUGAAUUCCAUGUGUAGUGUAGCAGUUUUAUUUGAUUAGCCACCAUUCAUAACAAAGAUAAAAAGGCAUUCAGAUGAGUCAAUUCUGCAUGGCAUGAAGGCCUUUUGAGAGCAAGUGAGGAAGUAGAGCAGGACACUGUAGGAAAGUGGCCUCUAAUGGAAAAUUUAGUGGCUUCCAAAGAACCCCAGAAUUUUAAUUUUUGUUAAAAGAGCAUUAUCCUAGUCCUCAUGGUUCUGGACAGAGUACUGACAGCACAUGAGCAUUAGGGAUUUUUUAAGCAAUGUGUUUCCUUUGUCAAGACUUAGCUGCCAGAACUGCCCUCAGCCAGAUGCACGAUGAAUUCUAGAACAGUCCCUGUUGUGCUUUUCUGUUGCAAAAAUGCGAGUGUGUAUUUACUUUCCCCUUAACUCACAUUGCUGUGCAGUUCAGCAUCAUAAUUAACCCAUUGUUUGAAACAUUCAACGGAAUGGUCUCUACAACCAGCUUAGAAGAGUUGAACCAGACAGCACUGGCAUGGGUAGACCAGCACUGCUCCCUGCCUGUCCUGAGGCCAAGUAAGUAAGGAGUUGGGAGUUUCCAAGGGGGUGUUUAUCACAGAUUCCCUCCUGGAGCACCAUAGUGGCAGCUGAAACAUCAGUGGAGAGUCUCAGUCAAGGCUGUUAACUCAGCCAGUCCGGUGUAGUCUGAUUUGGAGUACGACUUUCAUCAGCCCAAAUUAGCACGUCCGAUGGUCAGGGAAGCUGGAAGGUCCUAGUCUAGCAGCAUCCGGACUAGGGGGAGAUUUUUCUGUUUGCACUUUUAAAAAAAAAGCCAACUUGAAUGCACUCAGGUCCUGCUGUAUGAACAUUUGGUAUGUGAAAGUUCACUAAUCCGAACACAAUGAAUCAGUACCCAAACCUCUCUAUACACACUGCAGAUUCAGAUAUCCUAACAGAGAUCAUUUUUUACUUCCUUCUUUGCCCUGUGGUGGUUGGGAAAGAUAGAAGAGAUCAGACAAAUGGAGAGCAUGUUUUCCCAGGUUUUUUUGGCUUUUUUGGGUCAAAAUCUGAGGCGAUUAAAAGCAAGAUAGUGGUCAAAUGAUUCUGAAUAUCUAUGAAUUCAAAAUUUUCUCUCAAAUUGGUUGUCAAAAGGAAAUUGCUUUUGAGAGCAAAAACAUGAGUUUGAAGGAUUAGCACCAAGCAAUGAUGGACAUGAUUUUUUUCAAAAAUGUAUGUAUUCCGAGACCCAGUGAAUCAUGGGGAACAAUGGAUCUUACUACAUUACUGAAACUAACCAAACUGGAAGCCCCAUGGAACAGCAGGAUCCCAUGUGCUAAAAGCAAACUCAUUCUUUGACUGUGGAUCCUUAUGUAGACUAAAGAAGAGGGAAGGUAUCAUCAGACUUGGAGGAACUCCAAUGUUGGCAGAAGUACAAAAAAGUAUUUGGAAAGAAAAUGGAUGUGGGGUGAGGUGGAAGAUGGCACACCUUAGAGAGGACUGAGCCACUUGCUCUUCUAGGGAUAAGUUGGUAUCAAGCAACAACCCCAAACUGUGCAGCUGCUCCUUUGCGGGGAGCUCAACCCCCGGUAGAAGAGGUAGUGUGCCCACCUUCCAGACUGGGGAACCACCAGUCCACAAUAGUUUUGAGUGAUACACAGUUCAGUGUGCUACAACACCCUCUGUGUUGCAUAAAAUAGACUAGGGUCCAUUACAGCCCAAGCUGGGCACCGUAUUUUUUUGCUCUAUAAGACGCACCUAGGUUUUGGAGGAGGAAAACAAGAAAAAAAAAUAUUCUGAAUCCCAGAAGCCAGAACAGCAAGAGGGAUCACGCAGUGAAAGCAACAAUCCCUCUUGCUGUUCUGGCAUCUGGGAUAGCUGUGCACCCUGCAUUCGCUCCAUAAGACGCACACAACAUUUCCCCUUACUUUUUAGGAGGGAAAAAGUGUGUCUUAUAGAGCGAAAAAUACAGUACUUUUAUGAUAGACUUGUUCCGCUGCAAGAAUCUCUGUUGUGCAGCUGUGGUCACACUUAGUAUGCGCACUUGUGUCUUUGUUGGAAUUUUACUGCAAAGCACCCUUGAGCUUACAUCACUUCUUUUGGCAAAUAAUCUUGGUUUCUUUCUUUUGCUUCUCUUCCCAUCCUUAGUGGUUUUGAACACUCUUCGCCACUUGAGCAUAACCACCUCCAUUCUCUCUGACCCGUCUCGCUUGCCAGAACAAGCUACCGAGGCAAUGCGCAAGCUCAACAAAACAGAAACCUAACCAAAGGCAACAGCGUGACCUCAAGUGACAGACGCCCAAGCCUUACCGAGGCCCAGAGAGACCUUGUGGUUGAUUCAACUUCCAGCACAUCGGGGGGCCUUGGCACUUGGCUGAGAAAGAUGUGUGGCGGUGGGGGGAGCCAAGGGGGACUAUUGUUAAAUGCUGUGCUUGGGUUUGGUCAAACGGGAAAGCCAACUCAGGUAACUACGCAGAGUGAGAUAUCUGCACCCAGCAAUAGAAGCACUCCUUCAAUGCAACAUACUGAAAAUAUAUGCAGUGCUGAUGUUUUUCUGCAACUUGACCUCAGGCAUCAUGGCUCGGAGAGGAGGACGGAGAGGACAGAGCCAUGUGUUAAAAGGGAAAUGCAUUUCCAUCUUUGUAAAAUAUAACUUGCUUUUAUAUUUUGUUACUGGACUUUUGGUCUCCCUUCUACUUGGGAUUCUGGCUUCAGCCUUCACUGGCUAAGACUUAUGCAUCCACAUGACCCGUAUUGGCAGGUAGCAGAGCAUAAAGUUCCUUCCUGCUGCCGUAGUAAAAGGCAAACCGCCUUUGAACCAGAGCUAAGCUAUGUUGGUUGGCUACGGUGGGAACAGGAUGCUGGACUAGAUCAGCUCUUCUCCCGCUCUUCCCCUGCAGAUUUUGAAAUGGCUUUGGGAAGGGGAAAGGGGCAUAGUGUUUGCUUGUCUCCCACUGGACCCUGGCAGACGUUCAGGUGCAUCAGAAGCAGUCCUUUGGAUCCUUACUGGUGACUGGGGUGGGAAAUAUAUUCAUAACCAAAGGAGAAAAUUUAAAAAUUUUCACAGCUGUACCCAGAAUGCAGGAUGUAUUUUGUUAAUGUGAAAUCCGCUCUAGCUUUGUAGCCUUUGGGAAGCCAAGAUAUGCUGACACGCCCGUCCCCUUUACACAGGAGAGUGUUUCUUUAAGCUUUGCUCAUUCUGUUCUUAAACAGAGACCUUUUAACUCCUGUGCAACUAGUUUAACCUCUAGGCUGUGUGUUAGCCUUGCAAAGGGGUUCACAAAAGUUACUAGCCCACCAGCAAAAAGUUCAGUAGCCUGCCUGCCCACACAUCUUAAUGGCAUGCUAAUGGCUUCCAAAACAAAACUUGCCUGCCUGGUCACCUUCAGUGGCUUCUUGGUUGCCCCAGGCCGCAAGCCUGUCCCUGAAAACCCAACACAAAUGACUUAGUGCCACCAGAGAGAUGUGAACUGUCUUUUUAACUUUAGGAAAUAAGUCCCUAGAAACAUGAUAUGUUCUAGCCAUUUAAAAGACACUUCAGUUCCUACCACCCUGCUCAGCUAUAAUAUUCCUUAACCAGGAGGUCACUUCAGGCUCUGGUUAACAUUAACCAAGGUUUAAGGCCAGCAGAGGGAAUUUACGCCUGAGAGGCAGGCUGUGCUUUGGGGGGGGGCGGAGGGGACACGUGUCCCACAGCCUGCCUCUACCUCUACUAAGAUGAUGACAUAUGCAGACAACAUCUAGAAAGAUGUAUGCUUGGGGUGUGGGGUAUAAAAGAAAUGCCUCUUAAGAUUCUGCUUGUCAUAUACAGUUUUUAUAAUUUAUAACAAGCUACAGAUGCAAUUGAGUCUGCUGCAAUUUUUUCGCUUGUCAAAAAGCAUGGGGUUUUUAAUCGAUUAAUAUAACCCAUUAAUUGAUUAAACAUUGCAGCCCUACUAAUAAGUAUUUGUGAAUUUUAUAGCUGCUGAAUGUACAAUGCAGAUUUGGCACAGAUCCCAUUCUGCUUCCUGUUUUCAGGCCCUUUUCAGCUUGUUGCAUUUAAUUUAGAAUAGUGGUGUCUGUCUGUCUGGUCAUCUGUUCCAGAAGAACUCCAUGCAGCUGCGCAGGGGGCUGGCCUGAUACUGUGAAUCAUUCUUCUUCCCCAACUCUUCUUAUCCCAGUUGUCUCUGUACAUUGCAUUUAGCUCCACCCUCUUUUAAAUAAUAAUAAUAAUAUCUUAAGUGCUUUUUAAAAGUCUGUAUUUUUAAAAUCUAAAAGUUCACCAGGGGUCUGCAUAAUCCAGGACCUCCUUGGACCUUCCUCCUCCUUGGAACUGGUCCUCCAUAGCUGUCUCUCAGUAAGCUACAUUUGCAGGAGGAGGGACCAGAUUAGAAUCAUAGAAUUGGAAGAGACCACGAGGGUCAGAUAGUCCAACCCUCAGCAAUGCAGGAAUCUUUUGCCCAGCAUUGGGCUUGACCCCGAGUCUCAUGCUCUACUGAGCUAUCCCAGCUCCUUUCCCAACUCCUGGUUUCUUCUCUCAGCCCUCCAGCUCCUACUUGGGCAUAACAGGGACUGGUACCAUACAUCCUUUCUCCAUAGUGUGGGCUGCCUCUGGAGAGUCAGCUUUCUCCGGUUACCCUCAGCAUCCUGUUUAGUGGACCUUGUCCCUGAAGCCACAGCCAUGCACAUAACAAUGCAAUAUCUGUUGAGGAGUAUUUUAAAACCCACCUGCUCAAUGAAUUUGGGUUUUCUCGGCAUCAGAAUGACUGCAGGCUACCUAAAAAUGUAGCAACAGUUUUGUCCUGUGACCUGCCAAGAAUUCCAACUAAUGUUGGAGUAGAGCAUCAGUUGCCAGCAUCUGCAGAGCAGCUGACAAGGUGGUUUCUUUUCGGCAGGGAGGUUUCUGCUGGCUCUGGUGGCAUUGGAGGCAGGGGGCUGCAGAGCUAGCAAGCACCUUUCUCCUCCAAAUUGUGAGGAAGGCUCCUGAACCAUCUCAUAUCAUUUCAUACAAGCCUGACAAUUAAUAAAAUAGACAGAAGCUUCCUGGCACGGACCAGAUUUAGGCUCUGGGCCACUAGUUGACCUGUUGUUGUGUGAAAAGAACUAUGAGCUCCCUUUCACCCAGUUCUGUUAUUUCAAUGUUUUUCUCAGACGUUGGCAGCCAUAGCAGUAUUUGAAGAGGAUUCUUGCAAAAAAAACCCCAAGACACUAAACCUCAAGCUGUAGUGGGGGACGGGCAGUUGCUCAGAACCGUCUCUGUUUGUGGCCCCAAGUUCCUCUACUCUCCCAUUUCUUCAAACAUACUUUGAAAAUCCACUGCCAUUUCCUUCUAAAAUUUGCAACCAACUCCAGAAACUGGCCUAGUGAACAAAGAUUGAUGCAGGCGAACACCCCCCGCCAAUCGUCCUAUUGGCUCUGGGCCUCUGCAAAUUCCGCUGACCACAUUGAGCAAACAGAAUUUGCAGGUGUUGCCACUUCCUGACUCUGAGAAAGAGGCUGAUGCAGGAGAAUGAACUGUUGUGGGUACCUGGACAGGAGACUUCAUGCCUGUCCAACAGCUGAACAGCUCUGAAAGCAACAGGUGUUCCUCUGUUUCAGGAGCUGUCCCUUGUCAUUCCCUUGCUCUCGUCAGGUUGUGGCACUCUGCAAAAGAGAGGUUUUUAAACUCUCCAUUUGCUGAAAUGUUUUCAGUUUAGCUUCUCUUGAUUUGCUCAAGAGCAUUUAGCUUGGGAAUGGAACAUCCACCUUUUCCAGGAGCACUGACCAUCUUUACUCUGCAAACCAUAAAGAGGUCAGCCUCUUUGCUUUUCAGAAGCUGCUCUCAGGUACUUGCCUUCAGUGCAAAGAUGGAGUUGGGUUCGUGAGAGUUCUUUGUGUGGAAAAGAGCUCUGCAAUAGACACAUGCACACAGUUUUGCUCAGUCUGAUCCUCCUUGGGUGUCCCAAGGUUUGGCUGUUUCUCUUAGCAUACAGUGGUAUGAAUAGUGCUGGCUUGGUUGACCCAGAUGUGAACAUGGCAAGGAUCCUUUUCCUUUUAAGACCAUCUUCCCCAACAUGGUGCCCUCCAGAUGUCUGAAUUACAUCUCCCAUUGCCACUGAAUUUUGGUCAUGGUGGCUGGAGGUGAUGGGAGUAGUUGGUCCAAAAUGCAUAAAUGCCACCAGGCUGCGUGAAGGCUGGUUUAGUAGUUUCAUCACAGCUGUCUUCACACCUCAUGAGCUGAACCAGAGAAAAAACUUCCUUUUGGACCAGGGAUGAGAACUUGUGAGCUCUAGCUCCCAUCAGCCCCUGACAGCCUGGCCAGUGACAUCAUUUGGCAGGGCACAAGUUCUCCACCCAUGUCUUGGACUGACUGUUAAGAGCUGAAGAACCCUUUCUCCUUGGCAUCUAGUCUCCUAAGGGUAUCACUCCAGAGAUGCUUAACACUGCCUACCUUUGCUCAGGUGAACCUUUUUCUUAUGAACUCCACCAUCAUUUUCCUCAGCCAGACAGGUGGUGAGCAAUCAAGAUUCUGUAUGGCUUUGAAAAGGUACCAGCGUUGCACAGAGGUAGUUUCCAUAUGAUUGUACUUUGGAAGGUUGUGGAUAUUUUGGGACUUGCUUUAAUCUGAAUGAUGCUCAUAAAGUUGCAUUUUGCUUAAUAAAUGGGGUUGCAAGUAGUACAGAUAAUUGUAUAUUUCCUCAAUUAUUGUUCUGGGCAAAAUUGCUUGUUUUGCAACUACAAACGAUAAAAGCUUUUAUAAUUAAUUGGUUGUCUUUCUUUUCCUUUUUAAUGAGCUGUGGGAGGAUCUCAGACCUGCCCCUCCUUUCAGCCUUGUGAAAGAUUUUUUGUUGCAUGAAAAUGGUGCUCCGUGGCAACCUCUUGGGUUGGUCUCAUUCAACAAUGCAAUUGCACUUUUUUACAACCAAAAUAAAUAUUCUCUCUUUUUUAGGAUUC